AUGGAUUAGUAAGUGGGUUUAUUUCUUUCUGAUGCUUCUGUUGGAUGGAGGGGGGGGGGGAGAGAAACAGACUCUGAGAGCUAUAAUACAUUAUGUCAUGUAAUUGCCAACAGCCUUUUAAGGUGCAGGCUGCAAUUCAAUCAUGCGGACAUCAAGAAAAACGUGUGUUAAGUUUUGAUCAUCAGGAUCAUAGGUAUGUGAGUUUGGUUCUUCUUGUCAAUGUUGUGUCCUUUGUUUAAAAAAUAAUAAUACAAUUUCCCUCCCCUUAUCCACCCUGCCCCAGGAAAUGUACACAUUGCUAGCUAGGAUAUGAGUUUUAUGAUAGAAUUUAAACAGCCUGAGUAUUUCCUGGAAUCUGUUUCUCAGGCUUGUUAGCUUGGCAACUGAAAUGUUUCCUUACCCCACUAAACUGGAGAGGCAUCUAAACAUUUGAGGCCAGUGCCAAUAAUUCAUAAACCGUUUUCCCAGCUUUAUAACUGUUUGGGACACUUCCCUGAAAGGAGGAGGAGGGGAUUUUAAACACCACCUCUGCUUUUGGCAGUAUCUAGAAGUGAUGGCAGGGAAAGUCCACCUGGUUUCAGUGGCCACAUUAGCAAUGGUGAUGCUGUUGGGCUUUGCAGCAAGCAGAGGUGCUGGGUUGGGCAAAUAGGUUUAAAAGCCUUCCACCAAGCCCAGUAUCAUUAAAGGGAUAGGAGUUGCCCCCUUCUUUCUCUUCAGAUGUCCUUCCCAUUAUCUGAUUUGGUACAAUCUAUGUAAUAAAACAGAUGAUUUUAGCUGAGGUUCCUGCAUUGCAGGGGCUUGAACUAGUUGACUCUUGGCCCCUUCCAACUCUACAAUUCUAUGUUUCUAUCCCUAUCCUUGACCAGUGGUUCAAGGCAGCUCAAGAGACAAAAAUAAAAGCCCCUUUACACCUGCAGCAAAAAAUGUAAAGGACAGUUAAGUGGCUAUCCGGGGAGGCAAUGUGUACUAAAGUCCACAAAGCUUCAGGGAGAAUGAUGCAAGAAACAAAGGAGAUUGAAAAUGUGGAGGCAGAGGUGGUGAACCUGCGGGACCUCCAGGUGUCGGGGGACUACAACUCCCAUAAUCCAUGAACAUUGGCCAUGCCGGCUGUGGUUGAUGAGAGCUGGAGUCGAGUGGCACCUGGAGCAUGUUCCCCACGCCCUCUAUUGAAAGAAUUACAGUGGAGCUGUGUUUGGCACAGCUGCAGCCAAACAUUGCUUUUGGGCUUGUCACCUGUAUGCUUUAGCAGCCUUUGUGUCACACUUGGGACUAGUAAUCUUGGAAUUGAAGGUCAGGUCCUGGUGUACUUGGAGCUCUCCCUCCAGACACGGAAGGGAAGAGUAUCAGCCCUUGCAAUUUCCUGUCAGUCAGAGACCUUCUCGGUUGGCCAAGUAGAAGGACCAGGUCCCUGUUCUCUACCUUUGGUUGUCUGACAGAGCAGGACCUUAUUCCUGGUUACUCCUGAGGCUGUAGUUCCUCAACCUGAUGGAAGUCAUCUAGCCCUUGCCCUAGCCCAACAACUUGUCAUGUUGUUGUUGUUUUGAUUGGCACUGACAGUUAUAAUUAAGUUUAGGUACAUGAGUUUGUGAAUUAGGAAGGCGAUAGUAGCUUCGAAAUUACGGAUAGGCAAUAUAUACCACUGUUGAUGAUGACUGGUGUGGACCAGAGCUUGUCAUCUAGGCACAGAGAGGGAGGCAGGGCCUUCCCGGUGUAAUUCUUCUCUGAGAGAAGCAAGUGGCCUUCCCUGCUCAAGACACCUGCCAGCAAAGUGGGCUAAGAGGAUUAAAAUUGUAAGCUUUUCACCCAAAUCCCAGCGCUAAGAUGCUGAGCUGCUAUUGACCUCCGUUAGAGCCUGUAUUUUUUAACUUCCUGUCUAAGGCAACUUGAAAGCAAGGUACUUUUAAAAAUAUUCAUGAAAAAGGAAGAAAACCAAAUUUAACGAAAUGUGUAAAACAUACCAAGGCCGGGGGAAAGACUUGGCAUUGGGUUCUCAGAAAAGCGGCGGGGGGGGGGGGAAUAGGCAUUUUAAUUUUUCUUCUUCUUGAGUUCAUUUCAAUUAUUAGCUUUUUCCAGCACUAGAUCUCCCCGUUCUAGCUCCCAUUCUUUAUUCUGCAGAAGAAAAAAAGCUACUAAUAUGUCAAAAUAAUAGAGGAAUGCAGAACAACCACUUCCCAGUUUUCAGUAAUUCAGUGGAACCAGAUGAGCCCAGGUUAAAAGUUCAAACUCAGCAGCGAUUUUAAGAAAUUUUAAGCAAACGCACAAUUUUAACCCCAGGUCUUGCUUUGAUGAAGAAGCAAAAAAUACCGGGGGAGGGAAACAGUCUGCUUCAACGUAGAUUUCUGCAAUAGAAGUUGUGCUCAUUACUUGAUGAUACGUGUAACUCAAUAUAAGGAUAACUUAAAGGGCUUGUGUAUUUUUUAGCACUAUUCCAAUAUAUAGGUGGUUAAGGCCUUAAACACAGAUCUAAGUUGCACUCUUCCGAAAAACAGAAUGUUCUUUUGCAAGGGUAUAAAUCAGUACCCUACUAAAAAGGAAAAAAUAUAGAAAGAGCUCAUUAGCACUAUGUCUACACACCAGCCAAUUUUCAUGUCAUUCAUUGCUCUGCAAACUUCUGCUCCUACCGCUUCUUUUUCAUUAUUCUGAGGGGAUUGUUCAGAGUAGCCCGUUCACCAGCCACAGUGCUCUCAAGGUAUUCUAGGCCUGCCUUAGCAACCUGAAGUCCUCCAGAUGUUUAGGAUGUCCAUCAGCCCCAGCCAACAAGGCCCAGAGCUCUAGGAUGAAGGGAGUUGUAGAGCAACAACAUCUGGAGAGUACCAAGUUGGGGAACCAGCUGUUCCAGGCUGUGUUUCCCGUUGUCAAUAAAAGUUCCUGUUACAGUUAAACAAAGGGGGUGGGUUUAGCUUUAUGAAAAUCUAAACAAAACCCUUUACAAUGCGAGCUGCCAGCUCACUCUUCUGGCAAUAGUUAUUGCUACUAGAAAAGUGAGCUUACGUUGUCCAGGCCAAGACCAUAUGAGAGAAUCAGCUGGCAGAUUGCUCCUUUACAUUAAAAAUAUUAAAUAUUUGUGGAAACUUUCAAAACCAAGUGGAGAUAAAGAGAGCCUGGGCUGUGGUCAAUCCUAUAUGCUCAUUUGCUGAGGACUUGCUCAGUCCUGGCUUUGUCAAACAAAGCAAGCCCUGUUAAUAUGGCGUGAAACCCAUUUGUUAUCCAUAUUCCCCAAUGAAGCUGCUUCUUGGUGCUGACACGAGAGUUCGUGCAGUUUCCUUGUUGACCACUUUCUGUAACUCUGUACUGUAGAAAGAGCUGCUUUGCUAAGUGUGGGCACUCUCCAUAAAGAAGAAGGUUUCUGUAUACUAUAAAAUUUAGUAGUUGUGGUUUGGGAUGAAAUUCCACGGUGUUCUGUGGGCAGCAGAACCUAUUAGAGACGAUGCACCAUCCUAUCAUUUUUAAUAAUUUGGAUCACUCCUGCUAUCAGUAAAUUGUUCCCCUGUGUGCGCCCCUAAUGGAAUCUCCCUGGCAGAGGGUAGUGGACAUGCAUAACUAAGGAUGGCAGGGGGGCUGGGGAGGUAUAAUUGUCUUUGCUGAGUUGUGUUUUAACCAACCCAGUUAGAUCCACUGGGCCAUUUACGAAGAGCCCCAAAUCCCUCCUCAGUUUGCCUUGGGAGCAAACAGAGAUUGAGCCCUGCCUGCUCGUCUAAAGGAGGUGCUGGGCAGGCGGGCGAUAGCAUGCUCCCUUUAGUUCACUGUCCCAAAGGCCAAUCUCUUCCACCAGCACCCUAGUAACCAUUUUGAAGGGGACUCAGAAUCCAGUGCACCAUUUGCAAUAUUGUCUCUAGGCCACAAAUCUCUCCCCACCCUACAUGGCUUUACAGAUAAAUAAAUGCUCUUUUCAUCAUUGAAGUGGUGAGUAGAGAAGAUGGGAUUUCCCACACAAAAGUUGCAUGUGAACACGUUUCUCUUGGAAUAAUAGUAGGUACCAAGGCUGCUUUGCCCAGGCUGGUAUAAUUAAGGUAUAAAAUGCAUCUCAAGCCUGGUGCAUCUCAGGCCAUGCACUGUCUAGGGUUUCUGUUAUCAGGUUCUGUGACUAGUGCAGGAACAAUCUGAAACAUGGGCCUGUGGUGGUCAAAGCUUCAAGUUAUACUAAAAUCAUGCUUGGCAAUUCCCAUGUGUAUGCAAUAAAAAGCUGAGGUUUACCCCUUCUCCCAUGUGCUAAUAUCCUCCUGAAAAUUACCCCUCUGUGAAGUGGUCCCCCCCCCCCAAGCUGCCAUUAUCUGCAAACAGCAGCUUCAGGCAAGAAGUGGGUUUUCAGUGAUUAUUGAAAUUCAGUGAUUUCAUUAUGGUCCCGAUCUGGAAUCGCUCCCUCUCGCACACAAAAUAAAUAGAUUGUAAAUAAAAAGACACAGGGAAUCUCAACACGGGAUUCAAGGACUUAAUGUAGCAUGUUGAUAGAAUGAAAAUAUGGAGCCUAUCUGAAACAAAUCAAGGUUUUCUUGUGGCUUUUGAUGUGGACUCUAUGGGGUCUGUGCACGCCCAGGACAGUGCACAGAGCAGCCUAGAGGAGAACAACCCCUCUCCCAGCAAGCAGCUUGCAUAGCAUGCAGGUUCCACGGAGCAGACUGAGUAGCUGUGUGCUUUGUGCCACGUCUGGAGCCAAAGUGCUGGCUGAUACCUAGAACAGGUGGACCUCCUGGUCCUGGUGGGCGCCAAACUCCCAUCACCCUUGACCAUUGGUGAGGGUGAUAAGGGGGUUGUAGUUCAGCAGUACCUGGAGGUCUGGAGGUUCCCCCUCCCUGGGCUAGAGCAGAUGAUCAGGGCAGAAGUCGUUUCUCAGAGAGGAGUGUAGCAGGUGUGAAAGAUUUGCAGCAGAACUGGAUUUGUUAUUUGAUGAUCAUCUAACGGUCAACAGAGUUGCUAGUGUCCCUACUCAAAUUGCCUGCGGUUCCUUCCUCCAACUGGCACCUAGGGUGGCUUGGUGAGUAGGGAAUCUGUGCCUGAACAGCUGUGCUCCUGAUUUGAUCCCUACAACAACAACAACAACAACAACAACAAUGCAGUUCCUGACCAUGAGAACCUCUGUAACAGCAGAAGAAAUGAUGGAACACGCAAUCGCACAAUGGUCCACUCAAAGAUCAGUGGAAAGGAAGCAACGUCUUUCCAAGUUGUCACAAGAAAGUUUUGCUCGAAAUAAGUAGAACUGGGUUGUGGGGCUGCAAAUGGCCUGCUCCCACCCAGAUUUUUGCAGCAGGUCAAGCAUAGUAUCAUAUGGGCAAGUCAUGUAUAUGUGACCAUGCAGGGAACUGUGUAACAAUGAUUAAAGGGUCCCUGCCAAAGGGGCAUAUGUAGCAUUUCUGGAACUCUAGAAAUGGAAGGGAAAGGGAAAAGACCAAUGAGCUCUUUUCACGACUUAACAGCAAGGUGCUGUGUUUACUACAGGAGCUAAUACUUGUGGGUUUAAUUGCUAAUUUGGCAUCAAUUGGUUGGUGAGGUCUAGGUUUUUCUCUUAGCUUUAUAGGCUGUUUACUUCAUAAGGGUUUAAUUUUUAAAAAACAACAAUAAUUAACUAUUUUAAAGGUAUGGUAGUAAGCUCUUUAGGAGGGCAUGGUAGCUGAGUUGUUGCCACAAACUGCAUUUUAUGGUAUGUCUGUGGAUUGUUAUUUAAUUGUAGUGAAUUAACCUAUUGUAUUGAUUUACCAUUAUCUGUGAAAUAUAAUUUUUAGAAUGUGAGUGUGAAUGUUCUUUUCAGUGAGCGUUAAAUGUUUUACACCUUUGUGUCGAACAUAGAAUUACGGUUGUGUUGGUUUUAAUUUUUUUUAAUCUUCUUUUGUUUCUGGAUUUGCUCUCGUUUUGUCGUGUACACGUGAGAAAAGAAAACUUUCAUCUGGAGAACUUUCUAAGACAAAGUGUGAAUAUUAUUUUUAUGAGUCCUUUCUACAGUAUUCAAAGACAAACCAAUUAAAAAAAACCAGUAUUCAUGUAAUAUAUCUUGUAUGUAUUCCUGAAAUCUGUACAAAUAUAAGAAAAGCUCUAAUGUGUCAAUGAGCACUGUCCUGCUCUUCCCCUGACUAGGGAGGGUGCCUGAAAAAGACAAUGGUGUUUUGACAUUGUGUUGAGGGUUCUUGGCUGCUUCCAGAUCAGGGCCUUUUUGAGUCGUUUUUCAUCCUAAUGAUAGUGACGUGGGAAGCUGCCUUAUACCGAGUCAGAUCAUUGGCCCACCCAGCUCAGUAUUGUUUAUACCAGUGUAUCCCAAACUUGGGUCUCCAGCUGGUUUUGAACUACAACUCCCAUCAUCCCUAGCUAGUAGGACUAAUGGUCAGGGAUGAUGGGAACUGUAGUCCAAAAACAGCCGGAGACUCCAAGUUUGGGAAACGCUGGUUUAUACUGACAGGCAGAAGCUCUCCAGGAUUUCAGGCAGGGGUCUUUUUCUAGGCUGACCUGCAAUUGCCAUAGGAGCUUCGCAAUGCAAAGCAGAUGCCCUACCUCUGAGGUAAAAACAGAUGGGCCCAACGACUCUUCCCUAACACACAUUUUUUGGCAACUUGCUUGCUCUGUCUCUCUACAAGUCAUCACCAUUUAACACAUACACAAAAAUCAAGGCACAAAGCACUUGCACAUUAGUACCCAAUUUUUCAAAAUGUGGAAAAGUAACCCAUCCAACACAAGUGGUAGAUGAACCUGUGAGGAAGGAAGGAAUGGCAGACUUGCCACAGCCUUACUGAAUGAGGAGAUUUGUAGCUGGCACAGAACUUCUGAGGGAAUCAAGAAGAGCGCUGAUAAAGACCACCGAAAUCUCUCAGGGGAAAGGAACGCCUUUCAAGUUUCCGCUGGGUUUUCCUGAAGAGCCAAAUUUUGUGGUGCGCUUAAAGGUUCCGCUGAGGAAAAUUGCCUUUCAGUCAGGCAGCCAAGAUAUUUUUAUUCUGCCAGGCUUUUAAGAUUUUUUAAAACUGCAUUUAAAUCCUCCUCCUUUUUUAUGCUGCCUUUCAGCAAUCCUUUUAAGAUAUUCUUCUCAGUUGUUAUUGUAUAUAUUUGUUGUAACCCACCUUGGGUCACUUUGAGGCCCAAUAGGCAGCAUAUAAAUGUUAUCUUACAAGAGCCCAAGUAAUGUUUUUUUUUGGGGGGGGGGACAAUAAAAAUAGGCUUUACUUAUAAGUUUUAAAUUGAUAAUAAAAAGCAUGAAAUGCCACAAAGAAUGCACAAUAUUAUAUUCUUGCUCUUGAUCUUUCAGGUUUAAAAGGAAGAGGCAGUUUAGAAACUGUUAUUUGGUGUAGACACACCUCUCCAAGAGAAAUUAAUAAUUGGAGCUCCUGUUGUAGUUAAUAGGCAAUUACUUAUUCCACACUAAAGAGUCAUUUUGUCAACAUUAUUCUAUGCAUGGAAAAUAAAAACAAAUAUGUUGCAAUUGCUAUCAAAAGGAGGCACCCUUCUCCUAGAUUUCAGUAUAAUGAGCUUCUCAGCAUGACUAUAUUCAACCAAAACUCUUAGGAAUCAACUGUCACAAUGUGAGUGAAAACUUUAUAAAGGCAAUGAUGCUAAUAAGAAAUGAGACAACAUACAAUUUCAGUGCCUGCAAUCUCUCUAUCAAUUGCAGGAGUUGCAGAUAUUAAGAGUAAAUUCAUUAGCUUAAAGCCACCAUUCUUUAGUCUGUCAGCACAACUAUCUCAAAUGAAUUAUGAAAUUUGAGUGAACAGAGUUAGGUUUAGGAUGAUUCAAGUUCCAGGACAAAAUUCUACUCCAGCUCAAGAUACUGUAUACCUACGCAAAUUUCCUCACCAUCGUGCACCUAAAUGAUCACGACAAAGUUCAAAUGCCUCCUGUGAAAUAUGCUACAGUUUGAAUUCUUCAGAACUUAUCAGCUUUAAGGGAGAAAAUCGUAAAACCUGGGGGACAAUAUGCUGAUAUUUAUAAAUAAAGCAAAUCUUUCUUUUUUUAAAAAAAUAAUGUUACUACCCCCCACCAUUAAUAAUAAUUAUUAUUUAUUCCCAGGGGUUGACAGCCUUGAGCAUGCUCAGUUCCAACUUUUCUGUGGAAACUUUUGGGCCACCAGGUGGCAGCCACAUAUGCAUAUCUUACAACCACCAGUAAGGCAGAUCCUCCUCGCCUGUCACUUCCGGUCCAUCUCACUCACCUUCCAAGUGAGCCACCAACUUCUUAGAAUGAAGCAGCAGCUGCUGUGUCCGCUCUUUUUCUACACACAUAAACACACAGAGAGAGCUAUGGCGCUCUGCAGAGUCACUGCUGUGGACCAUAUGUGCAAAGCUCUCAGACCUCACAUGAGAAACCCCAGAUGACAGAUCCCAUUAUAGUUGGCCACUGGCCAUGCCCAUUGGGGCUGAUAAGACUUGUAGCCCAGCGAUUUAUGGCAAGCCAUGGGCUAGCCUCCACUGUUCUAUACCAAAUGGAGGGUCCAUCCUUAUCCUGUAUCCUGUUCCCACUACCCCUGGUGUUGCAAAGAAAGCAGGAUGGAAACUUGACCCAGAACUCUCCUUUUAGGAAAGAGGAUGCACUGCAACAUUUUGCUGCCCAGCCCGCUACCUCCAUGUCCAUGUCAUUUUCAGUUGGCCUGGUCAGUUUUGCUCAGAGUAUUCUUACACCAGACAUAAAUUUUCAGUUGUGCUGGUCUUUCCCUUCUUGUUUCCUGGCGGCGACUUGUUUUGCUGCAUACGCAAAAGACAAAAUCAAUCUUCCAUCUUCCAACACGGUAUGAGUUCUAUUUUUAAUCAUCUCUUUCACAGUGAGGCAAUGAAAUAAAAAAUAUGCAUGAAAUGUCCUAUCUAUAGUUCGUUUGUUUGUUUGCUACAUUUUUAUCCCACCUUUCGUCCAGGGUGGUGUACAUAGUUCCCCACCCCCCAUUUUAUACUCACAGCAACAGGUUAGGUUAGGCUGAGAGAGGCAGUGAUUGGCCCAAGGUUAAUGGCCGAGUGGUGAUUUGAACCCAGGUCUAUCCAGCACUCUAACCACUGCCUUCAGGCCGUACUUCUGUAAUUGAGGAGAUAAUUUUGCUUGGUCCACAGACAAGAAUUGUGAAAUAGGGUGUUGCAAUAUCAAGGCAAACCACCUUAUUUCCCUAUAAAAAUUACAGUAUGGGAGAAUGUGAGUGAACGUUUCAACUGAGCCACUUUUGAAAGGACAAAGUGUCAGAUGCCAAGGCGGCUCAGUAAAUUGACCUCCCAUAAUUGCUGAUGGCGAGACAUCACCUUGCCAACAAAGGUCCGUAUAGUUAAAGCUAUGGUUUUCCCAGUAGUGAUGUAUGGAAGUGAGAGCUGGACCAUAAAGAAGGCUGAUCGCCGAAGAAUUGAUGCUUUUGAAUUAUGGUGCUGGAGGAGACUCUUGAGAGUCCCAUGGACUGCAAGAAGAUCAAACCUAUCCAUUCUUAAGGAAAUCAGCCCUGAGUGCUCACUGGAAGGACAGAUCGUGAAGCUGAGGCUCCAAUACUUUGGCCACCUCAUGAGAAGAGAAGACUCCCUGAUGUUGGGAAAGAUGGAGGGCACAAGGAGAAGGGGACGACAGAGGACGAGAUGGCUGGACAGUGUUCUUGAAGCUACCAGCAUGAGUUUGACCAAACGGCAGGAGGCAGUGGAUGACAGGAGUGUCUGGCGUGCUCUGGUCCAUGGGAUCACGAAGAGUUGGACACGACUAAACGACUAAACAACAACAAUUGCUGAUGGCAAAGCAUUGGGGAAGUGCUAUAUGAAAACAAGCAGUGCAACAUAUUUUUUUUCCUAUUUCAUAACAUUAAGAGAGUUGCUGGGAAAAUAAUGCAAUUGCAAAAUAAUGCUAUUUUACAGCAGUGAUUCACGUCUUCUGUAUCACUUCUCCCUCACACUUUUGCCAGCUGACUUGCUUCCCUCUUCCUCUGUACUAGUCAGAGUCUAUUUUACACCAUUUAUAUAAAUAUCAUGACUUAGCACGGGGGGGGGGGGGAGUUGAUUCAGCUCACAUUUAAAUCUGAAUACUGUAUAUCAAAUUUGCACUUUCCAAAAUAACAUGAUAGCUGAGUUUUCCAACCACCCACCUUUCCCCCCCCAAAAAAGUGCAUCAUAUUAGACAAAAGUCUUUGCAAAAAUUUGUAAAAAACACAAAUGUGUAAUCACACAAAAAGUAGGUUGAUUAGAAGAAAUUCACACUAAAACAGGCCUAGGCAAACUCCCAUCAUUCCUAGCUAACAGGACCAGUGGUCAGGGAUGAUGGGAAUUGUAGUCCCAAACAUCUGGAGGGGUGCAGUUUGCCUAUGCGUGUACUAAAAUGUUGAAGUAGUUUUGUAUUUUUUUAACAAUAAUCACAAAAGUUGAGAAAUGUAAUUAAGACUUGUAAAAUGAGAAACAGAGAAGCAAAACUGACAGAUUGUUGCAUCCAUAGGCAUGACUCACAAAUGUACGGUACUUCACCUAAUUUCUCAGACUGUGUUUCAUGUUCCCUUGGAAAGUUGAGAAACACUUGCAGAAGGCUGAGGAAUGCAGAGCUGCCACCAAACUCUGCUGAAAGCAAAACUUUAAGGAGGAUUUGAUCAUGCCAUUUUAGUAGCAUGUCUUUUAAAAUUAAUUCUUAAAUUUCCACUAAAUGCAUUUUUUGUUUAAGUGCCAUCGCACAAGAAUUUUUAAAUGAUUUUGAAAGGUGUAUGCAAUAAAACACUUUGCCACAAAUGAAAAGACUGGUUAAAAAUCACAUAAAUGUGCCAUACAUGCUGCUAAAAAGGUGUUGGCUAGAAAGGUAACAGUGGACCGCAGGGUUCAGCCAACCCAACGUGUCACUGAACACAUCAAAACUGUGUCUUUUCUGAUGGACAGAGGAGUAGCACUGAGGCAGCCAAUGUCUGCAGAGUUUGCACUGCUUUUCCGUUCUGUGACUCCAAAAAAUGAGAUAUUGUGACUUGCAAAACAGAAGAAAAUAAAAAGCAGCAGAAGGAAAACAAAAGAGAAAAAUGAUUUUAUGACCAUGCAAUGUGGAUCAACAAAGAGUAGAAGAAGAAGAGUUUGGAUUUGAUAUCCCGCUUUAUCACUACCCGAAGGAGUCUCAAAGCGGCUAACAUUCUCCUUUCCCUUCCUCCCCCACAACAAACACUCUGUGAGGUGAGUGGGGCUGAGAGACUUCAGAGAAGUGUGACUAGCCCGAGGUCACCCAGCAGCUGCAUGUGGAGGAGUGGAGACGCGAACCCGGUCUUCCAGAUUACGAGUCUACCGCUCUUAACCACUACACCACACUGGCUCUCAGUGUGGCUCUCAGUAGCCAUUCUAAGGCAAAUGCCUAGUGUGGAAGCCUCCUUUAUUAGACAAACAACAGCUAGGUUGAAAACAAUGGUUAUUGAGAGAGUUGGCAGGGACAUGAUCGAUCCGUUGCUAAAUGAUGUACAAAUGCAUUUCCCCCCCCCCCCAUUUCGCUGUUGCCUUUGGCCAAACAGGCAUUGAAAGUUGGUGUGGGACUACGAGAACCUCUCUGACUGGAGGCAAGGCUGGGAUGAACUAAAUUUGUCAGUACCAUGAUAGCCCUGCUAUAUUAAUUUCCACUCUAUUGGAGUGAGGGGCAGACCCCUAUCGUCAUUAGCUAACUCUAGUGACCUUGCACAGCAAUUCUUUCCCUGUAGUGAAGCAAGAUUUUUAUUGUAACUGCUAUAAUCCUUUUUCUUACCAGAGCCAGAAAGACGGAUUGUGAAAUCACUGCUACGGUUGAUGGUAGCUCAAAAGCCCAAGGUUUCAUCAGUGUGGGAAGGGGAGAAGUGGAACUAAAAUGCACAGCAUUGAGAUAAAGGUUAACACCAGCUUGGUCUUACUUCACUGCUACUUGCUGUGAUUGAUGGAAGUAUAUAAUUCCUAGAUUUCAUAAGCAUGGAAAGAGUGAGACCACAUUUCACAGUUGAAAUAAUGAGGGCGGGGCGUUUUGAAAGCCUGGUAUCAGCACACUGUGCUAUAAAUGCAAGCCAGAACUGGAGGGGCAAAGCACAGAGGCCAAGACAACGGUACCAGUUUUCAAAAGUGAUCUAUUAAUUCCAUCUACUCCAGAGCUCUCGGUCAUACAGCACAUUCAGGGAUAUAGUUGCCGAAGACAGUUACUGCAUCAGCCUAGUAGCACCGAGGGAUAGCAGAGAGCGGCAAUGGUGGACUGCUUCUUUUAAUAAUAAUAAUAAUAAUAAUAAUAAUAAUAAUAAUACAUUUUAUUUAUAUCCCGCCCUCCCCAGCCAAAGCCAGGCUCAGGGCAGCUAAAAACAAUCAAAUAAUCAAACAAUCAAAUAAUCCAACAUUCUAAAACAUUUCAUUAUAAAAAUUAAUUAAAAUCAAAUUAAUGGCAACCGUUAAGGAAAGUUCUGUGCAGGUUGCCAGAGGAGGGAGUUAGGCUGUGCCCUGACCAAAGGCCUGGUGGAACAACUCUGUCUUGCAGGCCUUGCGGAAAGAUGUCAGGUCCCGCAGGGCCCUAGUCUCUUGUGACAGAGCGUUCCACCAGAUUGGAGCCGCAGCCGAGAAAGCCCUGGCUCUAGUUGAGGCCAGCCUAACCUCUCUGAGGCCUGGGACCUUCAGGAUGUUUUUAUUUGCAGACCGUAGGUUCCUCUGUGGGGCAUACCAGGAGAGGCGGUCCCGUAGGUACGGGGUCCUAGGCCGUAUAGGGCUUUAAAGGUUAAAACCAGCACCUUAAACCUGAUCCUGUACUCCACCGGGAGCCAGUGCAGCUGGUAUAGUACCGGAUGAAUGUGAUCUCGCAGCGAAGACCCCAUAAGGAGUCUCGCCGCGGCAUUCUGCACCCGCUGGAGUUUCUGGGUCAGUCUCAAGGGCAGCCCCACGUAGAGCGAGUUACAAUAAUCCAGUCUGGAGGUGACCGUCGCGUGGAUCACAGUGGCUAGGUCAGGGCGAGAGAGAUAAGGGGCCAACUGCUUAGCUUGGCGGAGAUGAAAAAAUGCCGCCUUUGUUAUAGCUGUAAUCUGCGCCUCCAUAGAGAGGAAGGUAUCGAAGAUUACACCCAAACUCUUAACGGACGGUGCUGGCACUAAUUGCACCCCGCAAGAGAUGGGAGUUGCCCCCAAUCCCAUAUCGUCCCGUCCCAGCCAGAGGACCUCUGUCUUGAAGGAUUUAGCUUCAACCGGCUUCCACGUAACCAUCCAGCCACAGCUUCCAAACAUCUGGUCAGUGUGUCUGGGGCCGAGUCAGGAUGGCCAUCCAUCAACAGAUAGAGUUGGGUGUCAUCGGCAUACUGAUGGCAGCCCAGCCCAAAACUCCGGACAAGCUGGGCGGGCGCAUAAAGAUGUUAAAAGCAUCGGGAGAGUAUCGCACCCUGAGGCACUCCACACACCAAGGAGUGGCGCGAUGACAAUUCCCCCAAGCGCCACCCUCUGUCCCCGACCAGAGAGAAGCAGGCGCAGCCAUUGAAGGACUGUGCCCUGGAUCCCCCACGUCGGCAAGGCGGUGGUCCAGGAGUUCGUGAUCGACCAUGUCGAAGGCUGCUGACAGGUCUAGAAGAAUCAGCAGCCCCGACCCGCCUCGAUCCAGCUGCCUGCGGAGAUCAUCUGUUAGGGCGACCAGAGCCGUCUCGGUCCCAUGACCAGCGCGGAGCCGGACUGGAAUGGAUCCAGAGCCGAUGUUUCAUCCAGAAACCUACCAAGCUGUUCAGCAGCCGCUCUCUCAAUCACCUUACCCAGGAAAGGAAGAAUUGAAACCGGGCGGUAAUUGGAUAGAUCUAAGGGAUCUAAUGAUGUUUUCUUUAAGAGCGGGCGCACCACUGCCUCCUUCAAUUCCCCUGGAAAUAUCCCGGUGCCAAGGGACAAAUUGAUGAUAUCCCCCAGGGGCCCGCACCUCGUCUGGACACGCUCUAAUCAGCCAAGGCAGACACGGGUCAAGAGGACAGGUGGUGGGCUUUCCAGCUCGGAGGAGUCUGUCCACAUCGGCUGGGGAUAUCCGGUCAAAGUGGUCCAAUACUGGACCCGAGGACAGUCGAGGGCCUCCAGUUCCUUUAUUGUAUCCAAAUUGGCAGGAGGUCAUGGCGGAGCAACAGGACCUUCUCCACAAAAAAGCUUCGCAAAUGCCUCACAGCUGUGUGUCAGAUUGUUAUUUAAAUUUGGCUGUCCUUCAAGGGACGUUAAAGACCUAAUUAUACUAAAUAAUUGCGCCGGGCGAGAGCUAGCGGAUGCAAUGGAGGCCGAGUAAGACUUCUUAGCGGCCUUCACCGCCAUCUCAUAGGUUUUCAUAAAAACCCUAUAAGAUGUUCUUGAGGCUCCGUCACGGGCACCCCGCCAUACUCGCUCUAGCCGUCUGAGGUCCCGCUUCAUUUUCCGAGCUCCUCGGUAAACCAGGGAGCCCGGUUUCUGCGGAGUCGCAGAGGGCGCUUAGGUGAGAUCUCAUCUAUGGCUGCCAGGAGCUGGAUAUUCCAGCCCUCAACAAGCUCAGUCAAUGAGUCGCCAGGGGGAGCAAGGUCCCGCAGGCUUGACGGAAUCUAUCAGGGUCCAUCAGCCUCUGUGGGCGAGCCCAAAUCGGCUCGCCACCUAAGCAGGGUGUGGGUGGAAAGUCAAUCCUGGCUUUCAGAGCGUAGUGAUCAGACCAUGGCACCUUCAUUGAAGGAGACAUGAUCACAUCUAUACCUACGCCAAAGAUCAAAUCCAGUGUGUGGCCUGCUUGAUGUGUGGGGCCUGAAACAAACUGGGAGAGCCCUAGUGUUGCCAUGGAAGACACCAGGUCCAGAGCCUGUGAGGAGGGGUGGCAUCAGCAUGGAUGUUGAAGUCCCCCAAUACCAAUAGGUUAGGGAACUCCAAGGCCCAGCCGGCCACCGCCUCCAGCAGGCCUGACAGGGUGGCUGCUGGUGCGCUAGGUGGCUGGUACACCAGCCAGACAGCCAAGCUCACCUCAGAGCCCACACUAGGCCAACACAUUCAAUGCCGGGGAUCGAUGGCGAUGGUAGAGCCCUGAAAGAACAAUCUUCCCGGAUUAAUAAUGCCACCCCUCCCCCCCGGCCCACAGUCCGUGACUGGUGGAGGACGGAGAAACCCGGGGGCGCAUCUCUCGUAAGGUAACUGUUGCCCCUUCGCGUACCCAGGUCUCCGUCACACAAGCCAAGUCGACCCCCUGCGAGGUAAAGAAAUCUCGCAGAGUGGCGGUUUUGUUGCCUAUAGACCUGGCAUUGCACAACACCAGUGACGGAGGUGAGUAAUCCUUGCUCACCCUACCCUCGUCCCUCGGGAUGGGGCGCAGAUUGGAAGGGGUACGAGCAUAUCCGUAUCUCGAUCCCCUUCUCCUAUGACAUCUGCCCCCACCGCCAUACCUCCCUCGCCCCUCCGCAGUAGGAAUCCCAAGCCUCAUACAAGCCUCCAUUUACAAAAUAGAAAAACAAACCAAACCAAAAACAAUUAUACCUAAACAAAACCAAUCCCCACCCCAAACCACAAUAAAACGGAACAAAAUAAAAAUACAUAGAUAAAAACCACUGUUCACGGUGGUACAACAAAAGUAAAAGUAAAAACACCUUUAAAACACUUUAAAAUAUAUAAAAACAUUUUUAACAUUUGCUGCAGCAGCACCAAGUGUCCUUAAAACUGUAGCGGAGGUGAGUCUGGGCCCCGCCCUAGGCCAGGUGGAAUCAGCCUGAAGAGGAGCGGCCUUCCCAGCACUCACCGUGCAGCAGCAGCGAUGUCCCAGUGCCUCAAUGAGGCCUCUUAAGCUGUGGCGAAGGUGAGUCUGGGCCUCGCCCCCUAGGCCAGGUGGAAUCAGCCUGAGGAGGGAGCGGCCUUCCCCAACACUCACAGUGCAGCAGCAGCGAUGUCCCAGUGCCUCAAUGAGGCCUCUUAAGCUGUGGCGAAGGUGAGUCUGGGCCCCGCCCCCUAGGCCAGGUGGAAUCAGCCUGAGGAGGGAGCGGCCUUCCCCAACACUCACAGUGCAGCAGCAGCGAUGUCCCAGUGCCUCAAUGAGGCCUCUUAAAGCUGUGGCGAAGGUGAGUCUGGGCCUCGCCCCCUAGGCCAGGUGGAAUCAGCCUGAGGAGGGAGCGGCCUUCCCCAACACUCACAGUGCAGCAGCAGCGAUGUCCCAGUGCCUCAAUGAGGCCUCUUAAAGCUGUGGCGAAGGUGAGUCUGGGCCCCGCCCCCUAGGCCAGGUGGAAUUAGCCUGAAGAGGGAGCGGCCUUCCCCAACACUCACAGUGCAGCAGCAGCGAUGUUCCAGUGCCUCAAUGAGGCCUCUUAAAGCUGUGGCGAAGGUGAGUCUGGGCCCCGCCCCCUAGGCCAGGUGGAGUUAGCCUGAAGAGGGAGCGGCCUUCCCCAACACUCACAGUGCAGCAGCAGCGAUGUCCCAGUGCCUCAAUGAGGCCUCUUAAAGCUGUGGCGAAGGUGAGUCUGGGCCCCGCCCCCUAGGCCAGGUGGAAUCAGCCUGAGGAGGGAGCGGCCUUCCCCAACACUCACAGUGCAGCAGCAGCGAUGUCCCAGUGCCUCAAUGAGGCCUCUUAAAGCUGUGGCGAAGGUGAGUCUGGGCCUCGCCCCCUAGGCCAGGUGGAAUCAGCCUGAGGAGGGAGCGGCCUUCCCCAACACUCACAGUGCAGCAGCAGCGAUGUCCCAGUGCCUCAAUGAGGCCUCUUAAAGCUGUGGCGAAGGUGAGUCUGGGCCCCGCCCCCUAGGCCAGGUGGAAUUAGCCUGAGGAGGAGCGGCCUUCCCCAACACUCACAGGUGCAGCAGCAGCGAUGUCCCAGUGCCUCAAUGCGGCCUCUUAAAGCUGUGGCGAAGGUGAGUCUGGGCCCCGCCCCCUAGGCCAGGUGGAAUUAGCCUGAAGAGGAGCGGCCUUCCCCAGCACUCACAGUGCAGCAGCAGCGAUGUUCCAGUGCCUCAGUGAGGGCCUCUUAAAGCUGUGGCGAAGGUGAGUCUGGGCCCCGCCCCCUAGGCCAGGUGGAGUUAGCCUGAAGAGGGAGCGGCCUUCCCCAACACUCACAGUGCAGCAGCAGCGAUGUCCCAGUGCCUCAAUGAGGCCUCUUAAAGCUGUGGCGAAGGUGAGUCUGGGCCCCGCCCCCUAGGGCUGGUGGAGUUAGCCUGAAGAGGGAGCAGCCUUCCCCAACACUCACGGUGCAGCAGCAGCGAUCUUUUGGCUUGCUGCAGACAUUUUGCCCCCAAAUAUCUCUUUCCUUAUUUUGCCCCCAAAUAUCUGUUUCCUUAAAGUUUUUACAGUUUUCCUGCCUCUAGUCCUCCGAUCCUCUUUCUCCAUUUACUCUGCCCAGAGUUGAGUGACAGGCAAGCUGUUUGGCCUGAUUACAAGGCUUUCCAGCCUUAUUGGAAUGCCGUUGCCCUUUCUGGAAAUUCCACGAUGCAAUCUGAGCCCGCUGAUGCUUUGCUUAUUUAUUACAAGCUUCCAAGUAGAUAGCUCACCUCUUGGCUUCCCAAAAGCAAAAUCUUGUUUACCAGAGAUAAGCUGCUAAAAGCUAUCGAUGGCUAAGAAGAGCUUCACUCAUUUGUUCAGCUUGCGAUUACAUUAAAAAUAGUAAUGUUAUAUGGAUAAUAAAAGUAUAAGGGUAAUGAAUACAUGAGUAUCAGACAUAUUGUACAAAAUAAUAUCUGGCUGAUUAUGGUCUCUGCCUUUUAUUUUGGGCAGGGACCUGCCUGCUUCUCUGUGAUGCUUGCUUUGGAGAGUGCUAGGUCCUCCUCUGAAGAGGAUUUCUCUAGGAGGGACACUUCAGUUACGGAGUGUCCAAAUCUGUACAGAUUUGAAAGGUUCAGAAUGCCAUCUUGUUUCAAAGUGCUACACCAUCCUAGGAACACGUAGACCAAAACUUGUCCCUUAAUCUCAGAAACAAGUCCAUGCCAAAUUUGGUUACGAUAUCCUAAGAGGUGUUCCGAAUGCAUAGACAACAGACAGACAGACUGAUUGAUUGAUUGAUUGAUUGAUUUAUAAAACCUUUCCAAAAUAUAGAGAUAAUAUAGAAAGAUUAACAUUUUAGUCCCUUAGAGUUAGGAAUAACACUUUCAGUUCCAACAUUUCUCAGUAACUUCAAGGGCUGCAGACCCACAGAGAGAAUCAAGCUCCACCCUCUAUGCCUCCAUCCAUUUUUAAAAUCUGGGUUUUCGGCUUUAUCCAAUUGAUUUAACACCGAUGAGAUAAGUGAACAAGCACCCUCCUACAUCUGCAGAUAUUCUUGAACUACAACUUCCAUCCUCCCUUAGACCAUGUUGGCCUGGGGCUGAUGGGUGUUGAGAGUCUAACCACAACUGGAGGGUCAAGGGAUCCCUCUAAAGAUCUCUGUAUCUCAACACCUUUUGAAAUUGAGCUAACCUGUUACAAACAAUGGUAAAACCUUAAAUCCUUAUCCCCUUACUUGCUCCUUCAUUUAUUCAUCUGUCAACAUGAUUGAAUAGUGAGGGACAAGUCUGUCAGUUUUCAUUUCUCACUGCUUCUGAUUUUUCUCCACAUUAGUUUGUGAUUUAAAACAACAACACUCUAAUGAAAAUUUAUCAGCAUUCUAGUGUAAAUUUCUCCUAAUGCUGAUAUUUUGUAUGCAAUUUUUUCUAAUGUACAUACUAUUGCAAAGUAACUUCUCCGUGUGUGUUCAGCUUGAGCAUUUUUAAAGAAAUUGCAGAUUAGGAAAUUUGCUUUAAAGGUGAACUGAUUUAAAAGCAAAAUUAGGUAAAUUUGCUUUCAAAUGUGAAUAUAUGUUGUCCUCCUCUCUAGGAAGUUUGACAGUAUUAGCCAAGAAGAGAGGGAACUAAGUUACUGUCACAGGCAGAUAACUUAAAGUAAAAUUAAACCAAAGACAUUCAAAAUCUGCUGCAAAAGGAAGUUGAAUUCCCCCCGCUUAUUUGCAACAGAAGUGUCAAAAACAGAAGAUGUGAUACGCAGAAGUAGUUGUGAUUGCUUAAAAGCAAGGAACCAUCCUUUUCUGAAAAUUCGCUGUCCAAGUACAGGAGAGGUAAGAAAUAUUCAGAGUUUGCAGUAAGAGAUUUGGGUGGGGGGCUGGCUUUGAAAACGUAUUAGCUGUUUCUUUGUUCAAUCUGCUGUUGAAGCAGAGAUCCCUGUGAUUCUUAGUGGCAGGUUCUCUAUGGGUUUUCCCCCCAGUGACCAGUAAAUGAAGCAACAGCAAACAAGGGGAAUCACUUUUCCUUAAAUGUUACAGUUGAUAAGGUUUGGGUUCUCUCAUCACUCGGCAAUCUCAGUCUGUGAAAGGGACUACUCAAACAGAUUGCUGAAGAGGACGCAAAAAUUAGCCAUCUGGACUGCUUCCAACAUAUUUAAAAACAUAAUAAAAUGCAUAGUUUAGAGAUUCCGGACCCAAAUUUUUGAAACUAUCUCCACCAUCACCUUACCCAGAUCCAGCCUUAGCGCUCCUAUCCUUGGAGCCUGGUACCAACUUCAUCCACCAUGCAUAAAUCUCUCUCUUGUGUUUAUGCUACUUGCCACAGCCAGGAAGUCAGUAGUUUCCCACUGGAAAUCUGACUCACCUCCUUCCUGAGAGGAGUGGCUAGUGAAAGUAUGGAACAAUUGCACUGUCAGAACACCUGGCACACAAACGGAGAGUUCAUCAAGAAUAGACCACUUUCAUUUGACUUGGUGUAACUUUUUCUAUGUUAACUCGCCCACACAGCCCACUAAACCCCCUGCUCCACAAGUAAAUAUGUGGAGAGGCUUUAUUGAGAACUAAUUUGACUCACCUUUUUCUUAUAUGUGAUAAAUCCUGAUUUCCCCCUCCCCUCUGUAUUCUCAUUUCAUUUUUCUAUUUUUACAUUCAUUAUUCUUACUGCAUUUUGUAUGUGCUUAUGUCGAUAAGCAUUCUGUAUGAAAAAUGACAACAACAACAACAACAUUUCUUAUUGGGGUUUUUUUAAAAAAAAUUAAACAAUAAAAGACUUCCCUAUGGAGGACUGCUUUCUGGUGACUUGGGGGGGGGGGUCAUAUAACGCCAUACCCUCCAUCAUUUCUCUGAAGAAAAUAGGGACGUCUUAAGGAAAAGCGGGACACUCUGGAAUCAAAUCAGAAACUGGGACAGCUUCGGAAAAUCCGGGGCUGUCCCUGGAAAAUAGAGACACUUGUGGAGUCUGUUACUUUAAUAUUUUAGAGUUGGGCACAACAGUUUAUAUUCCAGCAUUUCUCAGUAACUAUAAGGGUUGAAGAUGCAUGGAGAGAAUCAAGCUCCAAACUCUGUUUGCUCAGCCUGCUUUUCUCUAAUCUGAUCCCCUGCUUGCUAAAAACUGGCUUUAGCAUGGAUAACAAGCACUCGCAGAUUUUUUGGACUACAGUUCCCAUCAUGCUCAUUCAUGCUGGCUGGGGUUGAUGGGAGUUGGAGUCCCAGACCUUUUUUGUACAGACUGUUAUGCAGCGCCUUUUGAAAGUGAGCUCUUCUGUCCUAAAUAAUCUUAAAUUCUCAUUAUCACCCCAUUGACUCACCUCCCCUCUCCCCAUGACGGAUUUGUGAAAGCAUUCCUAGGAAACUUGGCAGCAUUAACGAAAAAAGGAGUGAAAUAAAGUAGUGGGAGUAGCUAGCUCCCGGAAACAGAAACCGAAACCAGAAAAUCAUAAUCUGUUUUGAUCCCACCACAGUAUUUGCAGCUGAAGCGUGAAAAUCAACAGGAAAUACACAAUUGCUGAAAGCCAGCCUUUUGCCUUUUGUCAAAAAUUGCUGUUUAAGUACAGGGGAGGUAAGAAGCGCUGAAUGUGUCUAUAAAGAGGUUCAUUCAACAAUAGAUCGGUGGGCAGCUGAGUUAUUUCUCUUUUGCUUUUUUGUUCGGCUGAAGAAGGGAUCUCUCUUCUUUUAAGGGACAGGAUCACAGUGUUUUUCAGUGAUCAGAAGGAAAUCAAGGGUGGCUGCUGAUAUGUUUGUGGUUAUCUGAUCUCUAAAUACCGGUACAUAGCUGUCAACUUUUCCCUUGAGAGGAAUCCUAUUCGGAAUAAGGGAAUUUCCCUUAAAAAAUGGAAACAGUUGACAGCUAUGCUAAAUAGUCUCAGACUGUGAAAGGAUUUAUUCAGAUGACUUGUUGAAGAAGCAGCAAAGAAAGAACAAAUUAGAAGCCAGUGUUUAAGAUGCCUCAUGGGUAGCCUGAAACAUCUCCUUUUAAAUUUCUCUUUCAGAAAUGUUCUCGUUCCUCCGAUUUGUCACAUGGUGGAGUCAGACAGUGCUGCUGUAGUUCUUUUCCCAAUCUUAAAUUCAAUUUUCCAUGUUUCUGCAUCAGUUUAUCAUCUUUUUUUUUUUUUUAAAAGCCUAAUAAAAAUUCAUUGGCAUUUUUAAGGCAAACUUCUUUUGAUUUACACAUUUUGUAUAUAUAUUUUUACCCAAUCUACCCAUUUUUGCAAGCAUUUCCCCCUAAUAUGAUGCAUUUUGUAUAUAGUUUUAGUUGUGUUUUGGUUUGCUUAUUAUCAGUGCUUUUUCCUGGGGGGGAUGCAGGGGUACGCAUACCUCUAAACGUUUUGUGAAGCUUUGUACUUUUGUCCAUUUACUGUCUUUAUUUUUCCCAAUUUGAACUAUAAAAUGGUGAUUUUCUUGAGUCUAAAUGAGAGUACCCCUAAACAUAUUUUUUUUAGGGGGCGGAAAAGCACUGCUUAUGUAAAAUCUGAACUGAACCAACUCUUUUCUCCAUCCAAACCCCAGUGGCUAACAGCAGAUUGCAAUUUAAAUGUCCUACAGACCAAUCCCAUGCAUAUCCAGUGAUUUUUUCCCCCAGGGAGUACUCAAGGGUAUGCAGUACCUGCACCUCUUAUUGUUGUUGUUAAAAAAUGUUUCACCUACUGUAACAACUUCAUGGUGAGUACCGGCACCUAUUUUUCAAGAAAAAAACACUGUGCAUAUCUACUCAGAAGUAAGCUCCGUUGAAUCCCACUGAAUUGCAGCCUUAGUAGAUUAAUCUGUGUUUUUCUUUUGCUGUUAUUUAUGCAGCUUUGGGUUUUUUGUUUUGUUUUGUGUUUUAUUUUUACUCAUUUAUUCUAAGCCAUUCAGAGAAUGUCGUUUUAGCUAGUGGCACUGAAAUGGCGUAAGUACACAGUGAAAUAAAUAAAUGCAAUACAGUACAAGCCCCUGGUCCACCAGACUGGAGGGGGUUUUGAGAGGUGGAAGUGUCCCUCUGCGCAGCCCUUGCCUGCCUCUGCCAACCUCGGCCAACGCAGAACCGGUCUCAAUGUACUCACCCAAAUAGCAGGUGAGCAAACCUCCUGUUGCUGGUAUCCCUGUUGGCAAGGAGGUGGCAGAACUGGGCUAGCAAAGGAUCCUGAGCUGGCCAUGCUGCCACCAUAUGAUGGCAACAUGUAAGACUUGGCACAUCCACACACACAUAUAUAUAUAAAUAAUAAAUCAUUUUCAGAUUAUAGGGGGGAAAUCAAGGGCUUUCAGGAUUAUGAAGAUAUAGAACUGGGAUGUUGUUGUUGUUGUUGUUGUUGUUGUUGUUGUUUAGUCAUUUAGUCGUGUCCGACUCUUCGUGAGCCCAUGGACCAGAGCACGCCAGGCACUCCUGUCUUCCACUGCCUCCCGCAGUUUGGUCAGACUCAUGUUUGUAGCUUCGAAUACACUAUCCAGCCAUCUCGUCCUCUGUCGUCCCCUUCUCCUUGUGCCCUCCAUCUUUCCCAACAUCAGGGUCUUUUCCAGGGAGUCUUCUCUUCUCAUGAGGUGGCCAAAGUAUUGGAGCCUCAGCUUCACGAUCUGUCCUUCCAGUGAGCACUCAGGGCUGAUUUCCUUAAGAAUGGAUGGGUUUGAUCUUCUUGCAGUCCAUGGGACUCUCAAGAGUCUCCUCCAGCACCAUAAUUCAAAAGCAACAAUUCUUCGGCAAUCAGCCUUCUUUGUGGUCCAGCUCUCACUUCCGUACAUCACUAAUUCCGUACAUCACUAUCCUAUAUAUAGCGUAACAGUUAGGAAAUUCCAACAAGCUGAAGAAGUAAAGCAAGGUACUUGACAGAGAUGCCUUGAAGGAUGUGUGGUGCAUCCAUUCUGGGCGGGGGGAACCCCUCGCAGGACCCCAAGAUCCUUGACAAUUGCCUUCUAUUCACUAAUACUAUUUUAGGGGCAAGAUGUUGAAGAGGGUAGCGGAAGCUGAGCUGCAGGCACUUCGGGAGGAAACCCAUUACAGUUGUACCUCAGAAGUUGAACAAAAUCAAUUCUGGAAGUCCGUUUGACUUCCAAAAUGUUUGGAAACCAAGGCGCGGCUUCCGAUUGGCUGCAGGAAGCCUGCAGCCAAUUGGAACCCGCGUCCGACAUUCCAGCUCCAAAGAACGUUCACUUCCGGGUUUGUGGCAUUCAGGAGCCAAAAUGUUUGACUUGCAAGGCAUCUGACUUCCAAGGUAUGACUGUAUCUGGAACCAUUCUAAUUGGGUUUUGGCUUGGUUUUGGCAUGAAAUUGGCCCUGUUCAGCCUGAAAUGUGCGUUUUUCUUGGGGAAUGGCUUUUAAUUCCAUUGACCAAGGUAUCCUCCUGGAAUCAUCCCUGUGAAUUGGGGGGUUGGAAGCACCGUUCCACAGUGGUUCCAUGUCUCCCUACAUGACUGGCCUCAGGGAAUAGCAUUGGAGCAGAGACUAUACAUCUACACCUAUUUAAAAACUGCUUUGAAGGCUGGAAGGAAUUACUGUUUGGAAAAGGGGAAGGCAUUCUGCUGCAGAUUGCACAACACACCCUACACAGUUUACGUGUUUGUUCCUCUUCUCGUUGUUUCUCCGUCAAGGUCAAACAGCAAGUCUUGCAUACAUCUCAGAAAUGUUGUUUCAUAAGGCAACCAAAUCUUUGUCCAAGGAACUGGACCCAACAGGAGAUUUGAUCCCAGUACGAAGUGUUAUAGACCAACAGCACUUUAGGCCUCUCUGCCUGGUUCAAAGAAAGAGAAAGCAGUCGUGGUGGCAGACCAGUCGUUUUCAGAGAACCGAAUACAAGCUAAGUGAUGUGCUGUUAUCGGGAGACCAUGCUGCAAAACUAGGUAAUUUCCAAUAUUUACAAAGCUAUAUGUACACAUUCAGAAGGAAGCCAUAUUGAGUUUAAUGGGACUUACUCCCAGGUAAGUGUGUAGAACAGAGGUGGAAGAACCUCUGGCCUUCCAUUUGUUGCUGGCUUCCAACUCCCUGAAUUUCUAGCCAUGGACCAUGGUGAUUGGGGCUCAUGGAAGUUAAGAGUCCAACAACUUCUAGUGGCCUACAGAUUCCACACUCUGGUUUAGAUGAUUUCAGGCUCAUUCUCCUUCACACAUUCUUUACAGGGCUAUGUGCAUUCCAUGAUUUGGCAAGAAAAACGCAGGGUGCGUAAUUCAAUUUCAUGAGCAUUUUAGCAUUCUUUUAGAGCGUAUUUCUCAUCCCAUUUUUCUCAGUGGUUUGUGGUAGUGCCAUAGUGUUUUGAAACCUUUACUCACAGUUAUGCUGUUUUAUCAUUAGUUUUGACUUGGAUAGAACCAUAGAGUUGGAAAGGAGGGAGCCAACGGUCAUCUAGUCCAACCCUCUUAAGGGAGUUCAUAGAUGGCAAAUUUCCAACCCCCUCCUUCCCACUCUGCCCCACAAAAUCUCUCGUAGAAUCUUAUUUAUAAUUAAUGUUAUUCUGCUUUCCAUAAUUAUAUUCAGGGGUGUUUUUUUCAGCUGGAACUCAGUUCUGGCACCCCUCAUACGAGAGCAAUGAGGCAUUCAUGAUGAGUUCUGGCAACUCUUUUUCUAGAAAAAUAGCACUGAUUAUAUUGCUUUUAAAAACCACUUAUUGGAAUCUUCAAGCCUUAACACCAUGGCAAAAGCAUACUUUGCAUUAAGGAAGUCCUGGGUUGCCCUCCAGUAUCUCCAGGGCGGGGAAACUCAGAGAACCACAGCUAGACAGGGUAGAGAAGACAAUGAGCCAGAUGGACUAAAGUUACGUUUGUUGUUCUAGUGUCCCUUUUGUUGUCAUUGAUUUUUCUCAAUUUUUUUAAUCUCCAGAAGUCCAAGAUUCAGGUUCAUUCACUGUUGUGGACCACGUCGAUGGAAAAGUGGAGGGAAAUAUUGGUGGGCGGAUUGAAGAGACAAGAGUAGAAGUGGUGGCGGCUGUUAGUAUGUCUCAUUCGAGGUCUGUGAACGUGAGAAAGAUAUAUGUCCACCCCCAGCUCCUUGAUUCUGCAACAAGAGAUGGGUAAGGCUGGAAGAAAACAGUUUUGGAUAUUGACCUCAUAUACCCAGUGGAACUCAACAUCACCCAUUACACUUUCUAAGAGACCACCUCCUUCCCUACAGACCCUCUCAUAUGUUAAGAUCAGUAGAGGGGGCCCUUUUGGUUGUUUCACUUGCUUCAGAAGUGUGGGGGGGGAGGCAAAGGACAUUAUUUGUGGCAGCCUCUAAGCUGUGGAAUUCCCUCCCCACAGAGGUGUGUCCAGUGCUAGAUUUAUGUAUAAGCUAAACAAGCUAUACCCCACUCUCUUGGGGGCCCCAAAAUUUUUAACAAAAAAACCUGGAUGUACAAUUCCAAAAUAUAAGAUAAAAAACAAAUAAAAUAAAACCUACAUACAGCAACAGUGUUUGUGUUGUGUAGGCUCCUAUGAUGUAAGUAAUGGGCCCCGCCUGCUAGCCUGCUCCCUGCAAUAUCACUGGUUUGCUCAUUUCUAUAUACAGUCAUACCUCGGGUUACAGAUGCUUCAGGUUGCGUUUUUUCGGGUUACGGACCGCCGAAACCCGGAAGUACCGAGGUACCACUCACAUAAAAUACCAAGCUACUGAGAUGCCGGGUAAAAGUGACAUGGUCACACUCCUGUGUCACAUUUCAGCAGGGCAAUCAAGGCUGAUUCAGUCCCAAACCCAUGCUUGGACUCAGAGGAAAUGGGUCCAGAGUGAAAAAAUCCUGUACAGUAUUGAUUGGAGUUUAGAACGACGAUAUAGAUUGCAGAAGAUGCACUGCAUGUAGUUUGUAUAUGUGUUGCUAUUUUAUGCACUUUGCUCUGUUGGAUAACGGAUGCAUAUUUUCUUCUUCAGGAAAAUCAACUUGCAACAUGAGUUCAUUAAACAAUCAAAGAUGAUUCGAAGGGACCUGUUUGUCAUCAAUGAGGCAGUGGAGACUGUGGAAGAGACAGAGUUCAGGGAAUCCAGCAAUGCUGAAGGCAACAUCUUUUACGACACCUGCAUCAAUCUGAAACUGAAGGUCAGGUUCGAGUUGCGGCCUUUCAUUAAAUAAGGGGUGGGGGAUGGACACACACAUCCUUGCAGUCAAAUUUUGUUCCAUGUGGUUGAUCCAAAUUCUUCUUUCAUGUACUAGGGUGGCAGAGGCAGUAAGAAAGCAAUCAUCGUUCCCAAAUCCUGCAUUCUGGCAUUCAGAGCAAAGCAACUGUUAUUUGGAGAGAGAGAUGCACGUAAGAUACUUUUUGUUUGAGACCUAGACCACUGUGACUUAGCUGCCUUGCUGAGAUGGAACUUGUGGCGAAGAAGGGAUGCUCAAGCAAAGCCUCUGCCACCUUCUCCCUUGCCCAACAGCAACACAGCAGCCCUGCAGUGCUGCCUGUGGGUCUUAUUCUCCAGUAGCUGCUGCAACCAUCCUCCCAGUUACUCCUGAAGCCCAAAAUGGGAGAGGACCUGGGAUGCACCAAAGCAUACUUUUUAAAAGGCUGUGAGUCAGGGCACCCAGCACUCCUCGGUUCAAUCCACACAGAUGAGACUUGAUGCUGGUUUUCAACACAGCGUCCAGUUCUAUCUCAAUACUGGCAUAAAUCAGAAAUGAUUUCAGUGAGGCUUAUAAAUGGGCCCUGAAGUGAAGGACAUGAGACAGGAGUUGAUCAUGCAGGUGAGCUAUGCUGCCAGCUAGCUCUGCAGAGGCUCUUUUUAUUAGCACAAUAUGCAAAACCAGUCAGAUACAUUUGGGACUGUGCCCUUUACACAUCUUCCAAUCAUGCGAUCGUGGGGUGGUACAAAGUUAUUUUGGCACCUGUUUCCACUGUGUCACUUUCCCCUUGAACAAUGUUUAAAUGACGGAGUCAAAGGCCACAGACAGGGCAUGGCAGACCACUAAGAGAGCAAAAGGUUAGAUAGAGGGCAUGAUGUUCAGACAGCUGUGGCUUGUCUGUGGGCAGAGGUGUGCUUCACACCCAGCAGUCAUUCCUUCAGGGCCCAAAAUGGCUUGGCUCCUCAGAAAAGUUAACUUGUGGAACAAAGGUUUCUCAUCUCCCCCAUAGCCCUUUUGCACCAUCUCACAUUAUUUCAGAGAGCCCAUUUGUGGGGCACGGAGGUCGUGGGAAUGGGAAACUUUCCUUCUGUGAGCUUCCUUUGUUUAGCCAUCUUAGGAUCCACUGUCUACUUUCCUUCCCAAAUUUAUACAUCACUGGUAAGAAAGAAAUUUUCACACAUUUGAAUAUUAAAACAAAAUGCCAUUAUUAUUCAUACACUUUAUGUAAACUAGUACCUUUUUGCUCUUUCUCCCAGAUAUUUCACACUAUCCAUCCAAGGGAAGAGGAAGUUUUGGUAAGCACAUUUUAGGAGUUCCAUUUUUAUUUUUUUACAGACAUUGGACAGAGUGAUAGAGAUGGCUUGAGAGUGUCAUUGCUGUAUUCACAUCACAUACAUUUUUCUCUGGCCUAAUGUGAUGUCUGAGAAACGGGAGGAAAUCCAGUAUUUUUAUUUGAUUCAACUUGAAGCAGGGAAUAGUUGGCUGUUGUAGCAGGAGGUCUUGUGAAGCAAUGAUAACAACACCAUGGGUAACAGUAGCUGAAUCAUGCCAACUUUGGCUCUUUGAAAACUGUCUCUAUCCUAAAUUAAAAUAUGUUCUUAACAGAUAUACUUGAUGGCAGAGAAAUCCAGCAUCUAAUAGAGAUGCGGGGUGAUGGCAGUUAUGUACAUUGGUAUGAAAUCUUUAUUUUCCUGAAAUGUAAAGGAACUGAAAGGGAAGGAUCAACGAUCUCUAUAUGUACUUUCUCAUUUCUCCGGCUAGAAUAAAAUGUGUUCUUGUUCCGUACGAACUGCAGUGCGGUCCUAAGCAUAUUUAUUUAGAUGGGCCACUGAUUUAAAUGGAGCUUACUCGCCUGUAAGUGUGCAUAGAAGGACAGUCUUUCUGGAUUUCAUUCUGUGGAAAAUUGGUUUGAAGUAUUUUUAUACCACUUCUAAAAGUUGGAAAGCUUCUCAAAGCGGCCCAUAAAAUAAAAGCAUGAAAAAGUAACACAAGCGUGCACACAUUAACUAACUAUGGCUGACAUAGUAUUCAAAGUAAUAAAAAUAUCAGAAACGGUUAAAAUUGUAAUUAUAAAUAUUUGUCAAACAUUCUCUUAGAGCAGGCAUGGCCAAACUUGGCCCUCCAGCUGUUUUGGGACUACAAUUCCCAUCAUCCCUGACCACUGGUCCUGUUAGCUAGGGAUGAUGUGAGUUGUAGUCCCAAAACAGCUGGAGGGCCAAGUUUGGAACAAAGAUGUGCAACUUACAGACCUUGGGGCCCAGACUUACAAGCCCCAGCAAAGGAUCAAGCUUGUACCUUGGAGGUACUAUAUAUGACUUCCACUGACUUUGGCUGGUGAGCACAGCCCUUUCAGAGGAAGCCCAAUCUCUGUUAUACAUGUCAGGCUGACAUCUAAGAUAGACUCUGUACUAGAUGUGUUAGACUACACACCUAACUGAAAGUAAGCCUCAUUGAACUUCAAUAGGAUUUUAUUUUCAGUAAGUGAAUAUAGCAUACGAUUGCACUGUAAACUUGCUUAUCAUAACACUGAUUUGUGAAUUACCACUGUACUUCUUUUACAUAUAAUUUUUAAAAAGUAUUUUACAUUUAAGGUUUAAUGUAAGUAAGCAGUUAUUAAAAAUUUGCAUACAUCCGAAGAUCACAGGGUGGUUCACAAAAUAAGGAACACAAAUUACGUAAAAAGACAAAAAGCAAACCAAUAAACUCCCUCCCACAGUUAAAAGGGCAAAGAAUGUUUAUAAUCAGCCAAAGGCCUGGUUACAGAGGAGUGUUUUAUCCCUGGGGAGAGCAUUCCACAAAUGGGAGUUGUCAGAGUCUGUUGUUGUUGUUGUUUUGCAUUUCUUUCCCCAUUGACCCUACAUUUCUCCCCCACCUGCCUACAUCCAUCUGCCCUCUUAUGAUGUUGCUGGAUCACACCAUCUCUGACUAUUGGCCAGGCUAGAUGGGGUUGGAAUCCAACAACAUUUGGAGAGUCACAGGUGAACACUCCUUGUUUAAGGUGCCUUGAGACUCUGUUGCGUUACCUAAUGCAACUUUUAAAAACUUCCAAAAUAGACCAUGAAAAGUAGUUGGGAGCUUCCAUUUGUUCACCAUGCAGCAGUUAGAUUAUUGAUGGGAAACUCAGAGGUGUGCUCAUACUGUGUCAAUACAUUAAAAUUGCACUGAUUCCCUCUUUGUUUCCAGAUAAAACUGUUCAACUAUGCGGAAGUAGACAAUGUGAUUCAAUUGAGAGAAAAUGUAAGUAGAUUUCAGAAUGGUAGGUUGGAAUUAAAUGUGGGUCCUGAGGUGGGAAAUCUGAAAACUACUGUUUCGGCUAACUUUUUAAUUGAUUACCUUUUUACAUUGCAAUGCCUCAGUAAAGAUGUUUUUGAGGAUUCUGAAGGAAGACAAUAGAUCUUGUGCUGUGUGGGAUUUUAAAAACCAAUACCACUAAUAUUCCCUGUUUAGGGAAGCUUUUAAUGUUUGAUGUAUUAGUAUUUUAAUAUUUUUUUGGAAGCCGCCCAGAGUGGCUGGGGAAGCCCAUCCAGAUGGGUGGGGUAUAAAUAAUAAGAUUAUUAUUAUUAAAAUAAAACAUUUAUUGUUUUUAUCAAACUUAUUUUAUCAAACUGAAAUAUUAUCCUGACCUUCAGAUAUAGAAAAUGUUAUAUGUUCCUGGACACCAAAAUCAAAUACUUGGCAGAUGGCAUCAAGCAUAUUUAUCGUUUACUCUGGGCAAAAAUGGGGAGGGGGAAUGUUAACAUUUCCAGAGUACCAGCAUCAAAGCUACAUGCACUAUGAGAGGCAGGCACUCCAAGGCUUCUCUAAAUGACCUAUGAGGUUUAUGAGUUUAAUGCAGCCUUCAUCCUAGCACCCUCUAGCUAUUCUUGACUACAACAACCAUCAGUCCCAGCCAGCAAAACUGAUGGGGUUGCAGUCCAGAAUAAAUGUUAAACGGCUUAAUUGAACAACACCAUAUUUUUCGCCCUAUAGGACGCACUUUUUCCCCUCCAAAAAUGAAGGGGAAAUGUGUGUGCGUCCUAUGGGGCGAAUGCAGGCUUUCGCUGAAGCCUGGAGAGCGAGAGGCGUCAGUGCGCACCGACCCCUCUCGCUCUCCAGGCUUCAGGAAGCUAUCUGCAAGCCUUGCGAGCCCGGUGGGAGUUUCCGCGGGCUCGCAAGGCUUGCGGGCAGCAGCCUGCAGCCCGAAGUGCCCUCUGGAGGACGCCCCGUGCUUCGCGCAGGUGUCCGCAAGCCUUGCGCGCCCGGGGGGAGUUCCCGCGGUCUCGCAAUGCUUGCGGGCGGCAGCCUGCAGCGCCCUCUGGAGGACGCCCCGUGCUUCGCGCAGGUGUCCACAAGCCUUGUGCACCCGGGGGGAGCUCCCCUGGACGCGCAAGGCUUGCGGGCGGCAGCCUGUUCUGGGGGCUGGGGUCGGGGGAAGCUCGGGCUUCCCCCACCCCAGCCCCGUGGCUGGGGGGGGGGAAAUAAAUUUUUUUUAUUCAUUUCCCCCCAAAAAACGAGGUGCGUCCUAUGGGCCAGUGCGUCCUAUAGGGCGAAAAAUACGGUAAUUUGCUUUAAUUGAAGUUUUUUGAUGGGCCCCAAACUUUUUUGUAGGCUGUUGGGAGUUUUGUGGGUCCUAGGCACUGUUGGAGAUUCAUUCCCAUGUCUGCAGUCAUGGGAUUGUUGUCUAUCACAUAACGGUGUAUGUUUUCAUUCCACAGUGUGGGAAGUGACAGAGACAGGAUGUUUUGUGUUACUUUCUUCCAUGAAGUGGGACUAUUGUCCUUUGUUCUUUCUCCUUGCUGUCUGAUGAGAAAGAGGCAGGAGCUAAGUCAGGAUGCUCCGAGUGUAUUAUAUGUAAAUAAACGUAGAUUAGCCAAAUGCUGAGCUACUGAAUUCUGUUACGCAAACUCUGAAUACUCUGCGGAUCCCUGAGUGUGCUAAUGCAUUAGUCGCUGUGAUGUUCGGGCAGAUGAAACCUUUUGAAGCUCCCAAAUGAUCGACCAGGAGGGAAAGAACAUGCCAAUCGGGCAUGUGUCUCUGCCAGGCUUCUACACAAGAGUAGGACGCUCCUAACAGGCACUGCAUAGAUACAGAUAAUCCAGCCCUUCAAGGGGCUAGUUCUAGUUUGGAUCGGAGCAGUAACACUGAGGGAAUUAGAGUUUCUUAUUUCUAACCCUACCACAACCUCCAGCAUUGCUAGUAGCCCUACAGGGAGAAAAUGUAUCUUACAGGUAUUCUGAGGUUCUUUUCAGUAACAUGGAGUAGUAUCAAAUUUGUGAGCCCUAUGUUUUGUCCCUUCCCCUAAUCUCUAAUUCUGUCCAUACUGCCAGUGAUCUCAGGAAUCAUCAGAGAACACAAGAGUAAAGACAUACAGCAGGAAGUUAAGACAGAAUUUGUAAUAUUCUCUUCAUUAUCUGCGAUGCUGCGUGGCAAAUUUCUAACUGGCUUUCUGGUGAUAAUGAGAGAGAAUGACUUGUUGCAGGAACUGGAGCUCCAGGUAAAGUUUUUUUUAAAAAAAUUAUUUUACUUUAGGAUUUCAUUUAUAUAUCACUCUUAAAUUAACAUAUUGCAGAGUGGUUUAGAAAUAAUAAUGUAAUACAGUGGUACCUCGGGUUACAUACGCUUCAGGUUACAUAUGCUUCAGGUUACAGACUCCGCUAACCCAGAAAUAGUACCUCAGGUUAAGAACUUUGCUUCAGGAUGAGAACAGAAAUGGUGCGGCAGCAGCGGGAGGCCCCAUUAGCUAAAGUGGUGCUUCAAGUUAAGAACAGUUUCAGGUUAAGAACGGACCUCCGGAACGAAUUAAGUACUUAACCCAAGGUACCACUGUACACACAAAGAAAUACUAGUACAAACAAAAUCAUUACUUUUUAAAUCUUCAGAAUUGUUCUGUAAACAAAACAAAACAAAGCAAAAGCAGUGAAAUGAGGUGUUAAAUAAAAUGUUCAACAGACAUGGCCUCUCAACAAUCAGGGGUUUGUAUGACCAGUUAUAAAUGGGAAACACAUCUGAACCACUUAGAGAGAAGUAGGACAAAAAAAUUCAAAAAUUCAAAUAUCUUUAAUACGGUCAAUGACCAGGAAGCAAUUUAUAAAAUAUGACAUUAAGAGUAGUAUUGUACUACAAGUAACAGUAAAAAUAUGGCCAAUUCACAGAAUUGGUGCUUAUGUUUAUGACCAGGUUUCGAGUUUUAAGUUUUUAAAAUUCAAUUCAGGAGUCGCUACUGUUUAUUAUCGUUCCUUCGAUGUUUACAGUUUGAACUCCUUUGUAGACAUCAUUGCUCGUCUUAUUCUUGUUGCAAUGUAACAGUACUUUGCCACGGACCUGUUAAUUUCGGGCUCUUUGUCAGCUAAGAGGUGUCUGAUAUAGGUGUCGUCUGUACUACGAGGUAUUUUCCUCAGAAUCGGAUCGAUCAGCUCUUUUCUUGAGUCUCGAUAUAAUGGGCAGUAUAAGAUGACAUGCCCAAUGGUUUCGAUUUCAUUGCUGUUACAGGGACAUAAUCUUUGUUCGAUCGGUAUUUUAUUGUAUCUUCCCUCUAGAAGAGCUGAAGGGAGAGCGUUAAAGCGGGCCCUGGAAAAUGCCCAUCGGUGUUUAGCGUUGUCUAGAACUUUGAGAUAGUUUGCUAGAUGUGGCCUUUGGGAAUUGUAUAGAAGUUUAUAAGUUAUCGGAAGUUGGUUAAAGUCAUGUUGGGUUUCAAUGUCCCUGAGUCUUUCUUUGAUUAUGUUCUUGGCCCUUCCCCUUUCUAAACUUAAUAAAUACUCUGGGGAGAGACCGUAUGUGGCCAGUUUUCUGAGAAUGCCCUUCAACCAGCUAGAUUGGAAUUUGUCAAGAAGCAUCAGGGAAAGUAGUCCAACCGGCGAGUUGUUAAGUCUUAGCCAAGUGCAUAAGGUUCUUAUCCAUACUUUGGCUUUAAUGCUGUAUAAGCCCCCUUCCAGUCGUAAGGCGGCGUUUGGGACGCAUUUAGGUGUUUGCAGGAGUGAUCUAAGGAAACCUGGUUGUAUCUUCUCAUAUGGGUCUAGAUUAGAGAGGGAGACGAGUGGUGCGCCGUAUAGGAUUUGUGCUGUUGGUUUUGCAACGAAUAGUUUAAUUGUAGCAGGAAUGAAAUUUCCUCCCGUUGUACAAUGGAAUCUUAGGAUUGCUGUUGUACUUUUUUGUGCUGUAAAGGAGCUGUAGUUUAUGUGGGCAGUCUUCUUCCUUGAUGCUUGGAAUAUCACUCCUAGAUAUUUAAAGCAUGUCACUUGUUCAAUCUCCUGAUUGUCUAAAUUCCAUCUGUAUAUUUUCCUUUUGUUAGAGAAAACCAUGAUUUUUGUUUUUGGUAGUUCACUGCUAGUUUCUCUUCUCUACAAUAUUGGGAUAAGCUGUUAAGAGCUCUUUUGAGGCCCAUCUGAGUCUGGGACAAUAUAACCGCAUCGUCUGCAUAGAGUAGGAUAGGCAGUUUUUGUCUGCUAAUUUUGGGGCGUGUGUAUCCGCUCCUUGUAGGUGGUCUAUUAGGGAGUUUAUAUAGAUGUUGAACAAAAAGGGGGCCAAAAUGCAUCCUUGUUUAACUCCCUUUGUUGUUCUAAUGAAAUUAGAGAGUUGACCUUCUUGGCUGCAUCUUAUACGAAGUCGUGUGUUGUUGUACAGUUUGUAUAUUAGUAGCAGCAGACGUCGGUCUAUGGAUGAUUUGUUGAGUUUGUCCCAGAGUCGAGUUCUUGGGAUGGAGUCAAAGGCUGCUUUAAAAUCUACAAAUGCUGCGAAUAGGUGGUGAUUGUGAUGCGACGUGUAUUUCUCAGCUAGGUGCUGUAAGAUCAGGCAGUGAUCCAUUGUGGAUCUCCCUUGUCUAAAUCCUGCCUGUGCAUCAUCAAGAAUCUUCGCUCUUUCUAUCCAUUCGCACAGUUUCUCACUGAGGUGUUUAGCGUAUAAUUUACUUAUUAUAUUCAGGAGGCUUAUAGGUCUAUAGUUGGAGGGAUCGUCCCUCGAGCCUUUUUUGUAAAUGGGAAUAAUGAUGGAAGUCCCCCAGUCGUAUGGGAUCUGUGCAGUUCUAUCUAUAUAUGUGAACAGAGAGGCAAGCAAGGGGGCCCACCAGUUCGCAUUGGUUUUGAAUAGUUCCGCUGGUAUACAGUCAAUUCCGGGGGCUUUCCCGUUCUUUAGUUGGUCAAUCAGCAGAUGGGUCUCUGUUACUGAGACUGCUGGCCAUGGCUGUAUCUGAUCAUCUGGUAUGUCUAAUGCAUAGGACUCAUCGCUAGAUUCCUCGUAAAGAUUAUGGAAGUGCGUUUCCCAGGCUUUCAUUGAUAUGCAGCAGGAUAGUUGUGAUAGGCCCCUAUCCGGCUGUACAGCUACGAUUCUCCAGAAUAAUGAUGGGUUACUUGAUUUGGAGGCCUCUAUCAGUUGCUGCCAUAAUAACUUCAUUGCGUAUCUUUUCUUUUGUGUCAGAAGUUUUUUGUAACUUCUUUUGGCUUCAAGCAUCUUUUGUCUGUUGUCCUCUGUUGGAUUAUCCUUAUGGCAGAUGAAGGAGUGGAUCAAUGAUUUCUUGGAGGUUAUACACUCAUGAUCGAACCACUCCCUGGAAGUUUUCCGACGGUGGGGAGACUUGGAAUUCGGUUUUACAACAAACUCUUGAAUUUUUUGUAUAAGCAUUUCAUAUGUUGUCAUCAUGUUCGGGCGCUCUCCUCUAUUUCUAAGCACCCUUCCAUAAUUGCUUUUGAGAGACGGUAGCUCUCCUCAGUUUUAUACCAGUUAGAUAUCCGCUCGCUCACUUGUCCGUUCCAUCUGAUUUUCUUGAGGCCUGUUCCGGGUGUUAGAUCUGGUUGAUAUCUGUGUUGUGGUUUGGGCAGAUCAAAGGGUAAAUCACACACGAGGGAUAAAGGUAGAUGAUCACUUUCAGCUCUUGCUGUAAUGGUGAAUUUUGAUAUCCUAGGGAUCAGGUCCUGGGAAACAAUGCAAUAAUCUAUCGUUGACAGUUUGUGUCCUGACCAAUAUGUAUAUUGACCAGGAUAAUCUCCUUGUAUAGCCCCAUUCAGUAAGUGUAGAUUUUGUCUGUAGGCCAUGUGUGCUAAAUGUAGUCCUCCAAUGUUGCAUGUCUUAUCGUAGGAUGAUCUUAUCAUUGGGGUGGGAUAGUUUCCAUUUCCGGAGGCCAUUGGUGAAAAUGUGCAUAUAGGGCGUUGUCGUUAGGGCCCACUCUUGCGUUUAGGUCACCAGCUAGUAAUAUCAUGGCUGACGGGUGUUGUCUCCUCCAUUGCAUCACGUGGGCUUCCACUUCUUUCCAUAGUUGUUCUACUUGUGCCUGCCGACGACAUGUAGGUAAGUAUAAGUUUAUGCAUAGCAGUUUGCUUUGUCCGAAAUCUAAAACUGCUGCUACAGACCAUUCAUCAUUGGAGGGUAAUUGGAUAAUAUUAGCUUGUAUCUGCGUUGAGAACAGUAAGGCUAAGCCUCCUUUGGGUCUGCCCCCUCUUUGACUAGGUGUUGCUCUUUUAAUACACGAGUGGUAAUUAUCCAGGUAGAGCUCGUCUAUCGACCAGGUUUCCUGGAUGAACAGGAUGUCAAAUUUAGUGAGGAAGUCCAUUAGAUUGGGAUCUUUGCUUUUAGCUCCCCACCCUGCGAUGUUCCACGUACAGGUGGUCAGCUUGUGAUUUUUGGUUGUCAGACAUCUCAAGGGACAAUCAAGCUUAGGUUUAUAGCCAAUUUGGGAUUUAUCAUUCAUUAUGUCCGUUUUGGGGUGUGUAGUGGGACAUUUUGGCACGGUGUGAACUUGGACACAUUUUAGUGUCCCGGAGGGGCGUUCUUUCCCGUGACCUUAUUUCAGUCCGUGUGGAUGGUGUCUAGGGCUCCUAGGUUGUCCACAAAGAUUGAACCGUUCUUGCCUGGUGGUACCGCUAUUUCAGCUUGAUGUGUUAUUGUUUUCUUUGUUAUAGGUGGUUCCGUAGGUCCGAGUUCCUCUGGCGAUAGGAAUAGCCUUAGUAUCCACUCACUGUUGGAUAGAGGUUUUGUGGUAUAGGUUGCAUAGUUAAAUUCCCUGGUGACGGGUGUGGCUAGGAGUGUAAUAGUUUUCCUUAUGGAUGCUAAUCUUUCAAUUAGUGCGUCCUGAGCUUUAUGUAUUUGUUCAAUAGUUGCUAUGAAGCGGUUUUCCUUCUCUAUGUUGGAGCUUUCAUCUGGUACGUGAUUUGGGGAUAGGGUUUUUGGUCUUUUAGCCAGCUGGUUUGGGGCUUUGUCUGCCUCUAGUUGAAGCAUCUUACAGUUCUCGUCCGUCAUAGACAUUGUCGGCUUUGUUUUUAUCUUAUCAGUCUUGAUUGUUUCGAUGAGAGGAGUGGGAGUACCGGACACUUCGAAUAGGCGAGUCACCUGCAAUCCAACCCUUUGUAGCUUGUCCUUAUUGUCUGAAACUAGUUUGGUUGUGUGCCAGUCUCUGAAUGUUACCACAACUCUGUUUAGGUCCUUGUCUGAUGGCAGAAAUUUAACAUUAAUGAUGUUUUCUGCUGGGACGAACCCUCUAACGGCUAAUUCAGUUUUCUUGAGAAUAUAAAUUCUCUGUUGUGCUGGAGAAAGGAGAUCUUUGUGCAUGUAUACAGGUAGGAUGAUGAGUUUUUGUUUGUUUAGAAUUAGAUUUCUGCGAGAGUAUGUUGUUUUAGGAGUAGUUUCUUGCUUAGGGAUCGGGUUUUCUCUUGAUUUUCCCGCGGUUCCAUUCGGGAGCGCUAGUUGCUCUGUUGAAUUAUGAAGCCUAGCCUUAUAGAGUUCCUCUGUUGAAUUGAAAAGCCCAGCCUUAUGGAGGUUUUUAUUUGGGCUUGGGCUUGGGCUUUUAUCAAGGGGUGGCGGGACUGGGUUAGCUGGGUUCGUUGGAUUUGAAUUUUCUAAUAGCUUAAAUAGUCUUGUGAGGUUCAUUUUCUUUGUUCGAGAUGGGAGCUUUGUCUUCCUUCCCAUUUUUACGUUCUUGGGCUUCUUCUCUUUAUUCCUGGGGCACUUCCCCUUUAAGAGGGGUUUCUUAGGGUCAAUUAAGUUUCCCUUCUGGUUUGCUUUGAUCCUAGAUGUUUUCCUUUUUUCCACAUUAUGUCGGGUUUUAUUUUCCUUACUGGUGUUAUCGUUUGGUGUGCUAGAGAGAAUUUUAUAUGAAUGCAAGUUGUCUAUUCUCCUAGUUAUUUCAGUCAAAGUGGUAAGUAGGCCCAAGCAUUCUGAGAGGAAGUCUUUGAUGUGUCCCAGAUCUCUGCCUAUCUGCAACUUCUGUUCAUUUAACAGAUCAUUAUAUAGCCCUGUUAGUAUGUAGGGGAGGCAUUCCAAGUCCAGAUAUUGGGCUCUUGUGUCCUCCAGGUCCCCAUUCAUCACAAUGUGAAACCCCAUCUUCUCCCCGGGCCCUGGUCCCUGGGAGGGCUCAUCUGUCUUAAUUACUGGGUUUUCCUCUUGUGACUCUUGUUCCUGCUCCAGCCCCGGUUGAUUCACUGAGGUUUCAUCUUCUAUGGCAACUUGUUUUAUUUCCGUUGCCAGAUUGACUCCCACCCCUUCUUCGUCUGUUUCCAUUAGCUCCCCGUACCUGGUGCGGUCUAUGGACCAUUCGUGGGGGUGUCGUUUGUCAGCAUUAUUUAUUUUGUCUGUUUUCGGUUUAAAAUAUUGUGAGAUUUUCACCUGCCUUCCUCUUGUAGAGGGUUCAGCUGCUUUGAUGAGGGGAAUUCCCAGCUCUUUAUAGCUCUGUCUUGUGAACACCAUUCUCUAGGUUGAAAGCUUCCCUUAUUGGGCACUUUAUUGUAGAAAUAAAGGUAGAGGUAAAGUUUGGAAAACCGGUGUCCAGGCUGUUGGAUCAGGAGCCUCCCUACCUUUCCCUCUUUAAGCCUUAACUUGGGGCGGGAGGGUAUUCAUGGGGGAGUUCUUGGACUUAUCUUAUCGAGGUUAGGCUCAAUGGAGUUCAGCGGUUUCCUCUGCUUCUUUGGUUGUAUUUCAAGCCAAUCCGUCGUCCGGGAGCUCCAAGGUUGUAAGUCAGUGUAGCAGUAUCAGUAAACAGUGCGACGAUAAAACAAUAAAACAAUAAAAGAAUAAAAGAAUAAACUAAUUAAAACGAGGCGACAAGACAGACAGCCAACAGUCUUUAAGGUCCUUAACGUGCAGUUUUGGGGUCUUGAAGAGGCUAAAACUAAUAAAAACGCUUAGUUAAAAUCGGAGGCUCUAAUUAGGCUGCUACCUCCGUCGCCAUCUUGGCCCCUCCUCCCUCGGACAAAAAAAAUAAAACCAGUGGCUGUGUUGAACAUUAGGAAAAGGUUUUUCAGGGUGUGGGCGAGUGGUUUGCAACUGAAAAGAUGAUUUAUCAUACAGUUUCCAGUUGCUGGUUGAGUCCUUCCUUAGGAUCUGGCAGUUCUCAUAUCUCUUGCUUUCAAUGGGGGGGUGUGAACUUGACUGCCCUCCUUUAACCUUGCCCUAUUGACACGAUGGGCCCCUCUCAUUACAAUCUUCUACACACACACACACAAACACACACACAAAAAAUAUGAUAUAUAUAAUAUAUAUAAUAAAUUGGAGGUGCAAAAAUUAUCGACUGCAGUUACCCAAUAUCAAAACUUUACUUAUUAGCAACAGUCCAGUCUAUCAUUAGGCCCUCAGCUCCCACACUGCAGUACUCCCUGCCCAAAAGAGUCAUGCUUUUUCCUAAUGUUUCUAGUCUUUGUGGAUUGUGCCACAUCUAAAUAAAAAUGGCCAAAUGGUCCAGAGUCUUGAUGUUCACAGCCAUUUACAAAUAAAGUGAUACCAUCACCUACCAAGCCCUACUUUUGCAUAUGUGCUACGCAUGGCCAAAUCUCAGGUCAUAUGUUAAUGUACCCACCAUUUGGCAUUAAAAUCUUUUGCUGUAACCUAAACUCUCAGCUGGAAGAGGCUCUUGAAGGCACCGGUCAAUUCAAGCUGAAGGCUGGCAAGCCAGAGCUGCGAGACAUGGUGGAGAAUUUACAAGAUUCCAGUGGGGCCGUUUUCGCUGACCUUGUUAAGGCAGUCCUCUACUUCCUUUACGCUCUAGAUGGUAAGCAUUAUCCCUCUCAAAAUAUCAGAAUCAAGUAUUUGACUUGAAUGGAGAACAUUUCAGCUCAGGAGCAGCUGAAAGUAAAGAUGGAAGGACAGAUCAUCUUUAAGACAGAUGCCAGAACUCAAGGUGGUUGAAAGCUCAUACCUGCCCCACAAAAUCUGAGAUAUGGUGGUAUUUGCUUAUCAUUUUCUAGUUGGGAUGCUCAAGGAAUUCAGUCUUUGCAAGCUCCAACCUGAUGAAUGUGCAGCCUGGACCUUAGCUAUCCAUAAGCUUUUACACUUUUUCUUACAGUUCUGAUUAUAACAGAAAACAUUGGUUCAAUGAUUUGCAAAUAUUCUUUUCCAUGUAUUGUCACAACUACAUAAGACAACUAAAUGGGUUACUUUUAUAAAUUCAGAGUGUUUGGGCUAGGCAGAGGCAUCCUACAGGUAGGAUUAAGGAUUAUCAGUGGGCAAUGCUCAAACUGUAGGACUCCCACUCAUCUCAAACAGCCCUGCAAGCUUCAGGACAGAUGCUGGAGAUGCCAGACUGUGACAACAGUUAUCUUCCAUAUGUAUAUUGAUCCUGCACAGCUCCUUUGCCAGAUGUGGACAUAAUCCUCCCCCCCAAAAAAAUGAGCUCUUAGAGUCUCUGAUCCCUAAACAGAGCACUUUGAGAAUAUUUAAGGGAGAUAGCCGUAGAGGAAGACAAGUAAUUAUUUUGAGAACCGUGAGGCAACUUACAGCUGCUAACUGAAAAUCCUCAAAAUCUUUGCCAGGUUUCUGCUUUGGCCUUGCAUUUCACAGAAUGGAACCCAUUCCUGAAACUGACAAUAUUCCUCACUUUUCCAGAAUUGACAGAGGAGCAGCUGAUACUCCUGGUAGAAUCUGUGGAGAAGAAGAUUGUGAACAGUCAGCUUGCACUGGUAAGGGAGAAUUCCAGUUAGUGCUUAAGGCAGAGAGAGAGACCACUAGAAAAUACUUUUCCUGGAAAUGGGCGAGGUUAAAGAUAUGCAGAAUGUCACUACUGCACAUUCACAAGUAUAAGGUUUGUGCGCAUCCUUGGCUGAUCCAUCAGAUCAGCACACAUAACUCUUCCAUAUGGCUGUGAGUAAGUAUUGUGACUUCCGGAGGCGGCGCCAGCGAUUAAUGGCGGAUUUCCUCCACCGGAGGAAAUCUCACCGCGACUUAAGGGUCGGAUCCCGCUUUCGGCGUAGCGGGGGACCCCCAAAAAUCAGGCAGGAGAAGCCUGUGAGCCUGGGACCCAGCGGGCACGGUAAGAAGCCCGGCAACAGGCUUGAAAGCGGAGCGGGGAGAGCGCUGUGCUGUGGGCUGUCUGCUCGUUCGUGGUGUGAAGCCGCAAGCUGUUGAUCGGAGAGCGCUGCCUUUCUUCCUUAAAAUCCGGACUUGAAAUCAACGAUCCGUGAGUAGGAUACAAUUUAAAUUGGAACUGUACAAAAUUGGAAUCUGGCCGAAAACGGAAAGAGGCUUAAAAAGGAAGUCAGCCUCUUUAUUUGUAGAUAAAAUAAAGCAUUGAACUUGAAAGCGGAAGCAAUUGAAAAGCACGUUUUAGCGGACUUUAAUCCAAUCAUCCAACCUGGACUUUUCCCUUUCUAAAUUGAGGGAAAAGGGGGGAGAAUUGUGGAUGUGAUUUCUUCAUAAAGAGUGGAAAAGAAGGGAUUGAACCACCACUCAACUCCCUGGGAAAGGAUCUCCAGAUCUCAGGAAAGCAAGAGAGGUACUGUCUUGUAAUAUAUUUUGACAGCUAGUCCUGCACAGGAAAUAAAAGUUUGGACAAUUUAUGUGAAUAUAUAUCUCCUGGUCCUAAGCUAAAAAUUGUGAAUAGACUGUUUUCUUCCUGAAUAAACUAGGGGGGCUUAAAAAAGAAAUUAAAGUAUCCAAGAACUUUUAUGACUGUUACAGUGUCCCCCUAGUGGAACUUGGAACUGUUACAACUUGUUAUAACUGAAACUGUAGCAGACUUGAGGAGUUCUCACGCUGCUUGGCAGGAAAUUUCCACUGUUAAAUUUUAAAUACGUGACUGACCUUGAGCAUUAUCUAAGGAAUGGCAGAUGGUAAAGAGAAGGCGGAUGCUUCGACUACAAGAUCGGGGAGGGCUAUUCGCACAGAAGAAGGAUUACAAAGGAGAUCUUCGGCUUCAGGCCCUUCUGGAACCUCAACAAUAGCCUCAUCGGCACAACUAAAGGUGAAAAGUACGACAAGUGAGGAUGCCUUUGCUCAAGUUUUGGCCAAAGUUAAUGAAUCUUUGAAUAGAAUAAGUCAACAAGUAGCAGAGGCAUCUGACAAGAUUGAUCAAAAUACAAUAAGUAUUAACCAGAAUACAGCAAGUAUAAAUAAUUUGGGCCAAAAAGUAAAUACUAACACAGAGACUAUUCAGAAAUUAUUAGAGGAAUCGGCCUCAAUACGCCAGAUUGCUGAAGAGGCUAAAGAAAUUGCUACAACUUCUGCUACUGAAGUUAAAGAGGUUCAAGAGGAAAUACCAACACUGCACAAACAAUUGGAAGACCACAAACUAACCCUGUCUAUGAUAGAUUUGAAGGAAAAGCAAGUGAAUUUGCGGGUCAGAUCGGUACCUGAGGUGGAAAAGGACAAUCUAGCUGAAUUUCUCACGCAGGAAUUUUUGGACUUUUGGGAUCCAGAAUUGGUAAAAGACAGUUUCAGAAUAGUAAAUGCUUUUAGACUCGGGAGAAGAGGAGAGAAGAAGGUGAGAGACUGUCUGAUUACUUUUCGAACAAAAGAAGAGAGAGAUAAGAUUUUGGGCCUACAUUUUAAGAAGACACUGGAAAUCCAUCGGACAAGGGUGGAAAUAUUUAAAGAUAUUCCGAAAUAUCUCCUGGAUCUCAGAGUAAAAUAUAAAGACUUGGUUACCCUGCUGAGAAGGAACAACAUCAAUUUCAGGUGGGAACUUCCUCAAGGCCUGUCUUUUAGUUACAAAGGAAAGAAGAGGAAAAUAAGAUCGGAAGACGACAAAGACAAAUUUUGUAGAGACCACGGAGAAGACCUACAAAAAGAACUAUUUCCGGAACCAAAAGACCGUUCGAAAGAAGGGAUACCACCGACGGAUGAGGAACAGGCACUAGGUGCAGUAGGAGGAGAAUUAAAACAAUAACAUCAUGGCCCUGCAACUUUUAACAUGGAACUGUCGGGGUUUGAAUUCCCCUCAGAAAAGGAAGUCAGUAUUUCAUAUAUUAAAAAAGGAACAAUUGGACUUAAUUUGUUUACAAGAAACACACAUAACAAGACUACACAGGAAAUUGUUGAUAAAUAAAAGACUUGGUCAGGAAUUUAUUUCGUCAGAUAAAGUUAAAAAAAGAGGGGUUGUGAUCUACGCAAAAGACAAUUUAUCACCAAAAUUUGCUUUUAAAGAUGACCAAGGAAGAUUUGUGGCAAUUGAAAUUCAAACACAAGGAGAAAAAUUUUUGAUUGUAGGAGUUUAUGCACCAAAUGAUGGGAAAUCUGAUUUUUUUAAGAAGUUGCAUGAGACCUUGAUGGACCAUAUGGAUUACAACAUGAUUUUGAUGGGAGAUAUGAAUGGAGUGGUAUCUACUUAUAUGGACAAGGCACAAAGACAGGUAGUCACCAAAGAUGGUAGACUACCGAAAACCUUUUUUGAUAUGACAGACAACUUGGACUUAGUGGAUAUUUGGAGAAUUAGAAACCCCUUGGCAAAAGAGGGAACUUUCUUUUCUGAAGCCAAAAUGACUUGGACAAGAAUUGACCAAAUUUGGAUAACUAGAGGAAUGGCACCAAAGACAAGAAAGGUGGAAAUCUGCCCGAAAAUUUGCUCCGACCACAAUGCUGUUAAGAUGGAAAUGAGAUUAACACCAACUGGCUCCUUCAGAUGGAAGAUGAAUGACACCUUAUUUAGAGAUGGAGAAUUUCUUAAGAAGGCCCAAAAAACUCUAAGAGAUUACUUUGAGAUAAAUCUUAGUUCCAACGUGGAGAAAAGAGUAAUCUGGGAUGCAAGUAAAGCUGUUAUGAGAGGGUUCUUAAUACAACAGAAUGUGAUAAAGAAAAGAACUCAAAAUGAGAAGAAGGAUAAAAUUAUGAAUAAAAUGAAUGAAUGUGAAAAAAGACUGAGAGUAAAUCCCAAAUCUCAAGAGAUUUUGAGAGAGUUAAAGUUACAUCAAGUACAAUAUAUGAAAAUAAUGAAUCAGGAAAUAGAAUGGAAAAUUAAACAAACGAGACAAAAGACCUUUGAAUCGGCCAAUAAAUGUGGUAAAUUGUUGGCAUGGCAAAUGAAAAAGAGACAAAAACUAAAUACGAUUACGAAUUUAGAAGUGGAAGGAAGGAAUAUACAGAACCCUGCUGAGAUUAGAAGUUGUUUCCAGAAGUAUUUUAAAAGACUAUAUACUCAGGGGCCAGUGAAAGAAACAGAUUUAGAUCAAUUUUUGAAAACAAAUGGAUUACAAAAAAUAUCUCAAGAGAAAAGAUUAAUUUUGAAUGACAGAAUAACUGAUCAGGAAAUAGAAGGUGCCAUUCAAAAUAUGCAACUGGGUAAAUCUCCAGGACCAGACGGUUUGACCUCUAGAUACUACAGAUCUUUAAAAGAAUGGUUAAUUCAACCUUUGAAAGAGGUCUGCAAUGAAAUUAUGGAGGGGAAGAGGGCACCAGAGUCGUGGAAAGAAGCAUAUAUUACACAUGUACCAAAAACAGAGACUGAAAAGACACAACUUAAGAACUACCGCCCUAUAUCAUUACUUAAUGUGGAUUACAAAAUUUUUGCAGAUAUUUUGGCGAAGAGAUUUUAAAAAGUGCUGUUGGAAGAGAUUCAUAAAGACCAAGCGGGCUUUCUCCCAGGAAGACAUUUGUCUGAUAAUUUGAGGAAUAUAAUUGAUAUCUUGGAAAAAUUAGAAGUGAAUAUAAACAUGAAAGCAGUGUUGAUAUUUGUAGACGCGGAGAAAGCCUUUGACAAUAUUUCUUGGAAUUUUAUGAAGAAGAAUCUACAGGGUAUGGGGGUAGGCCAAGGUUUUGAGAAUGGUAUAAGUGCAAUUUAUUCAGAACAAAAGGCUAAACUAAUUGUAAAUAAUGUUGUGAUGGAAGAACUUAAAAUUGAAAAAGGGACACGACAAGGUUGCCCAAUUUCCCCACUUCUUUUUAUUUCGGUCCUGGAGGUUCUGCUGAAUAUGAUUAGAAGGGACCAGAUGGUUAAAGGUAUACAGGUCGGAAUUAAACACUCUAAAUUGAGAGCAUUUGCAGAUGACUUAGUAUUGACGUUACAGGAGCCAGAAUCUAGUACUAAAAGGGUUUUAGAACUGAUUCAAGAAUUUGGUCAAGUGGCAGGAUUUAAAUUGAACAAGUCAAAAACCAAGGUUCUAGAGAAAAUUUAACACCGUUUGAAGAGAGAGGUUUCAGAAUGAGACAGGUUUAACAGUGGUUAAGAAAGUUAAAUACCUGGGGAUAAACAUGACAGCAAAAAAUGGGAAUUUAUUUAAAGAUAACUAUGAAAAAUGUUGGUCAGAAGUGAAAAAAGAUUUAGAAAUUUGGUCAAAUUUGAAGCUUUCACUGCUAGGCCGUAUUGCUGCGAUAAAGAUGAAUGUACUGCCCAGAAUGUUGUUUUUGUUUCAAACUUUGCAGAUCGUGGACAAAAUGGAUUGUUUCAAGAGGUGGCAGAAAGAUAUUUCUAAAUUUGUCUGGCAGGGCAAGAAACCCAGAAUAAAAUUUAAAAUACUAACGGAUGCAAAGGAAAGAGGUGGAUUUGCCCUGCCAGACCUUAAACUGUACUAUGAAUCAGCAGCUUUUUGCUGGUUGAAAGAAUGGCUACUUCUUGAAAACACUGACAUUUUGGAUCUAGAAGGUUUUAAUAAUGUAUUUGGAUGGCAUGCAUAUUUAUGGUAUGAUAAGGUCAAAGCACAUAAAGCAUUUAAAAACCACAUUGUCAGGAAAGCGCUGUUUAAUGUUUGGAUAAGAUAUAAGGAUUUGCUAGAAAAUAAAACCCCAAGGUGGCUGUCACCAAUGGAAGCGAAAGCCUUGAAAAAGGUCAAUAUGGAGGUCAAAUGGCCGAAAUAUUGGGAAAUUUUGGAACAAGACGGAGAUAGACUGAAAUUGCAGAGUUUUGAAAAACUAAAAAAUAAAGUGCGAGACUGGCUUCAUUAUUAUCAAAUAAUGGAGGUAUUUAAAUUGGACAGGAAAAUUGGCUUCCAGGUGGAAAGAUCUAAAUUAGAAACAGAACUGUUAGAACCCAAGACUAAGAAUUUGUCAAGAAUGUAUAACUUGCUGCUGAAAUGGAAUACUCAAGAUGAAACGGUAAAAUCGGCUAUGAUUAAAUGGGCACAGGACGUUGGACAUAACAUUAUGUUUGCUGACUGGGAACAGUUAUGGACCACAGGUAUGAAAUUUACGGCAUGUAAUGCCUUAAGAGAGAAUAUUAUGAAAAUGAUAUACAGGUGGUACAUAACACCAGUCAAGCUUGCGAAAAUCUAUCACUUGCCCGAUAACAAAUGUUGGAAAUGUAAAGAAACUGAAGGUACAUUUUUUCACCUUUGGUGGACGUGCCCAAAGAUUAAGGCUUUCUGGGAAAUGAUAUAUAAUGAAUUAAAAAAGGUAUUUAAGUAUACCUUCCUUAAGAAACCAGAGGCCUUUCUCCUGGGCAUAGUCGGCCAAAUGGUGUUAAAAAAGGAUUUCUUUAUGUAUGCAACAACAGCAGCAAGAAUACUCAUCGCAAAGUAUUGGAAGACACAAGAACUUCCCACGCUGGAGGAAUGGCAGAUGAAACUUAUGGACUAUAUGGAAUUGGCUGAAAUGACUGGUAGAAUCCGUGACCAGGGAGAAGAGUCGAUGGAGGAAGACUGGAAGAAAUUUAAAGACUAUCUUCAGAAACACUGCAAAAUUAAGGAAUGUUAGAGUGAUGAUGGACUGAAAACAAGUGGUUUCCAGCUGUACAGGUUAAAGUUAAGGAUAGAUUAAGAUUAAAGAUCAAGAUUAAAGAUGUUUAAAGAAAUGGAAAUUUGAUAAUAAAAGGGAAAAAUUUAAAGUUGUAUGACAUUAAGAUCAAGGAUUAGGCUUAAAAAAGUUGAUGUUAUAUAUCUUAACGUUUUAUUAAAUUAAAGAUUGGGAUUAAAAAAGUGGAAAAGAAACUGCUAGACAAACAAUGUAGAUUGGAAUACAAAAGAGGGAGGUAUGAGGAAGUCCAGAAAAUAAGUAAUUUAAAAUUGGAAAUGGAAAAGAGAGUUUGUUUUUAAUUGUUAUGUUUUGUGUUUUUAUUGUUAAGUUCUGUAUUGUGUGUGUUGUUUUUCUUUUUUUGUUUGUUUAAAAAUUUAAUAAAAAAUUAUUUUUUUAAAAAAAAGUAUUGUGGCAACAAGUCAAGCUUAGGAAUUAUUUUUUUAAAGGCAGCAACCCUUUGUGCGCUUACUGAGGAAUAAGUCCCACAGAAUUUGGAGGUGUGUGCUUUCUAAUAAAAAUGAACAACAUAAUACUUACUGUACAGUAUAAACUCAAAAUAGGAAUUCUACAGUGAUGCAUGCUGCACCUUUCAUUAAUGUAAUGAAUUGAAUGGGCAUAGCAAAAAUGGAAUUCAGUGUUAAACAAGUGUAAAGUGAUUAACAUUGGUGCCCAAAAACUAACCUCACAUAAACGCUAAUAAGGUCUGAAUUGGCCAGGAAAUCAACCUUCAGGUUGUAGUGGAUAGAUCAAUGAAAAUGUUAACUCAUGGUGCAGCAGCUGUCAAAAAGGUGAAUUCUGUGUUAAUGAGCAAUAGGAAAGGGAUCAAAAAUAAAACUGCCUGUAUCAUAAUGCCAUUACACAAAUCUAUGGUGCAACUACACAUGGGAAUAUUGUGUACAAUUCUGGUCACUGUAGAAGCUGAAAAGGUUUCAGAAAAGGGCAUCAAACUGAUCAAGGGGCUGGAGCACUUCCACAGGGAGAAAAAGGUUACAACAUAUGGGGGUUUUUAGUUUAUAAAAAAUGCAAGUAAGAGGGGAACAUGAUAGAAGUGUAUAAAAGUACGGCUGGCUUGGGAAGAAAGUGGAUGAAGACAUACAUACACACACAACUCUCAUAAUACUAGACCCUGGGAGUCAUCUGAUGAAGCUAAAUAUUGGGAAAUUUAAGACAGACAAAAGAACUAUACUACAAAAUUUGUCAUCCACAGGUAUAGCAAUGGCCAUGAACUUAGAUGGCUUUAAAAUGGAAUUAGACAAAUUAAUGAAGGGUAAGACUACCAAGGCUACUAGCCAUGAUGGCUAUGUACUAACCUCCAAUGUCAGAGGCAAUAUGCCUCUCAUAAUCAGCUCCUGGGAAUUACAAGUGGGCAGCUUGUUAUAUGUAGGCUUCCUUAUAAGCAUCUGGUUCACAACUGUGAGGGCAGAAUACUGGACUUUGGCCUGAUUCAGCAAGACUCUUAUAUCCUCAUUAUGUCUAUUGCUUUUCAACACUGAUACCAUUCAUCAAGUAAUGGUAUUACACACCAGGAAGUUCUGAUUUUGCCUUUUUCUUGUUUGCAAAGGUCGGAAGCAUCCUAGAUGACUUCAGCAGAAGAGAAAAAGUGUUUACCAUAGAAACCAAGUUCUUAAGCGAAGAGGAACUGAAUAUAACUGGAGCAAUCAUCGAAAUGAGUGGAGUCACGGUGCAAAAAAAUGGAUCCAGUCUUGCUGGGUCUGGAAGUCCUGAUGCUUUCUCUGCUCUCUGUGCACUAUAUGCAGCUCUGUAUGCACUCAAUAUCCUGUCUACCUAG